GCGCGGGGCGGCACCUCCUCCGCGCGCUCUGCUAAUGUAUCAAUCGUAAGCAUGUGCGUCCGCCGCCGCCUCCCCGCCAAUCAGAGGAUCCCGGCUGGGGAGUAAGAGCUAGCUGAAGGACCAAUGGGAGGUGCCUGGGCGACACCCAUCGGCGCGGCUUGGGGUGCGAGAGAGCGGCCGAGUUGCCAAACGCGGUGAUCUGUGGCUCCCUCGAUGGGGCGGCGGGAGGUGCUUGCGUUUGGCACGCAAACUGCAGUUUGGGAGGCAGCGCGCGGCACCUUUCCUUCCGCGGCAGGCGAAGGGGUGGAGUAUGGCUGCAGUGCUCUAGGCAUGCGUGUACCUGGAUGCGAGUCUUCCCACAAUCGAUUCAGAUUGGGAACGGGGCGAUGUGUAAACAGAAGUCUCCUUUCCCUUGCCUCCAGAUCUUUCAGUCUGGCAAAAUAUCCGAGGCUGGGAGAACAGCUAUGACAGGGCCUUUCUCCUGUCUGCGAGUCUUGGUCUGGGAAUGUCAAGACACCUUCCCCAUCGCUGUCAUUUACUCCAAAGACACCCAGUUCUAGGCGCCAGGUAUCGCAGACACCUCUGACAUUGUCGCCAGCCGUCAGAUGCCCCACUCGCAGCCCCGACAUGUGUAAAUCUAUUUUACCAUUUUGGUGUACAGUGGUACCUCGGGUUACAUACGCUUCAGGUUACAUACGCUUCAGGUUACAGACUCCACUAACCCAGAAAUAGUGCUUCAGGUUAAGAACUUUGCUUCAGGAUGAGAACAGAAAUCUUGCUCCGGCAGCGCGGCAGCAGCAGGAGGCCCCAUUAGCUAAAGUGGUGCUUCAGGUUAAGAACAGUUUCAGGUUAAGUACGGACCUCCAGAAUGAAUUAAGUACUUAACCUGAGGUACCACUGUAUAUGAUUGAAAUCAACAUCAAGUUGGUUAAAUUCUUUGAAUUUUAUUUAAACCUUAGUCAGGAUUUGGCCCAAGCCAACUUCUAGGGGCUGAGGUACAUUUUGCCCCCCGAUAAAGUAUUUGAGGGCCUGCCCUCCCCCCCUUUGAUGGGCUUUGCCCUUCAAAUGGUGUGUGCAUGCUGAAUCAUGUGAUCGAUUAUGCAGGGUGGGGCUUACCUGGGUCCCCCCAAUAUUUUAUUCAAGUUUAUACCAUUGGCCCAAGUUAAUGCAUAGUAAGGAAAUCGGAUUUUUUAAAAAAAGUAUUCCAGAAGAAAUCUCUCGCCCCUAUAUUUUUAGAAUCCAAAACGUUCUUCACUUGUCUUUAUUGGCGAGUCAGUGUUUGUAUCUGGCCAAGAGCUGCGACAAUGGCCUGGUUGAGCCAUUCUACACGAUUGCUGCUUGCGUUGCGGGUUGCUGCAUGAAAUGCGUCCAAUAGCAAAAUAAAUGAAUGUUUGUAAUUAUAAAAGUUGGUCUGGAGGGCUAAUUAUAGGCUGCAUGCGUUCUUAGUGUAUUUCCAAGGGACUUAACAUAAAUUGCAUUCACACAAAAAGGUAGCCGAAUCUGACACAGAGCCACGUGAUGCGUUGAUGGAGUUGUUGUUCUUGCAUUAGCCUGUAAGAGUGCUGCUCUUAAGGGAUGCCUUUGGUCUUAGUAAGACUAUGGCCAUUUAGGUCACUUAGACACACAUAAGCUCAUUUAUAUGAAUGUAUUUGGGACACGUAAAGCCUGGAUACUAGAAUUGUGCUUUGGAAUUGCAUCCCCAUCUGCACUUAUGAAAAUAAACCAUAAGAAAAUAACACAGAUAAACUUACAUCUGAGUCAUUCACAGACCCUCCCAAGUGUCCCUAUUUUCCAGGGACAGUCCCAGAUUUACAGAAGCCAUCCCGAUUUCUGAUUUGAUCCCGGAAUGUCCUGCUUUUCCUAAGCACGUCCCUAUUUUCAUUGGAGAAAUGUUGGAGGGUAUGCGACCCCAAAGCCAAGGAGACAAGUAACUAUACAACCUUUAGAAGAUAUCUAUAUAACCCUGUAUAGGGAAGUUUCUUAAUAUUUAAUGUUUUAUUAUGUUUUUAUAUAUGUUGGAAGCCACCCAGCGUGGCUGGGGCUACCCAGUCAGAUGGGAGGGGUAUUCAUAAUAAAAUUACUGUUUAUUAUUAUUAUUAUUAUUAUUAUUAUUAUUAUUAUUAUUUAGGAUGUCCCUAUUUUCAUUGGAGAAAUGUUGGAGGGUAUGCAUUCACAGAUCUUGUGCACAUUUACCUCUGAGUAAAUAGCUGGGACACAGGGUGGUGGUGGUUGUUUAGAUCUGGUGACACAUUUCACAAGGAUGCUCAAAACCCCCACAUACAUAUGUCCUCGAAGAGCUUCCAAGACAAUGGCCAAACAUCCUCCAACAACAGGGGAAUAGCCUGCUUAAUACUGUCUCCUAGGCAUCCUGCCUUGCCUUCCCUGCCCAGCCAAUGGGGAUCCGAGGGAUGGAACCAGCCAUGAUGCCUGGGUAAUGCUUCCUCUUGCCCUGUAAGCUGCUAGCAUAGACCACAGCUGUAAAUCUCACAGAACGAAGUUGAUGCCCAUAUACAGUGGUACCUCGGGUUAAGAAAUUAAUUCGUUCUGGAGGUCUGUUCUUAACCUGAAACUGUUCUUAACCUGACGCACAACUUUAGCUAAUGGGGCCUCCUGAUGCCACUGCACGAUUUCUGUUCUCAUCCUGAAGCAAAGUUCUUAACCCGAGGUACUAUUUCUGGGUUAGCGGAGUCUGUAACCUGAAGCGUAUGUAACCCGAGGUACCACUGUAGUGGCAAUGAAACAGAAAGGUGAAUCAGUGCUCCAUGUUCAAAGAGGCAUGAGACACAUUCACAUAGUACAUUCAAGGCUCAUGGCUUCCCGCAAAGAAUCCUGGGAGUCUACUCCCUCACAGACCUACAGCACCCUUUACAAACCAAAGCUUCCAGGAUUCCCUGGGAGAAACCACGUGCAUUUAAAUGUAUGAUGUGGAUGUGUACCUCGGGUUACAGACGCUUCAGGUUACAGACGCUUCAGGUUACAGACUCCGCUAACCCAGAAAUAGUACCUCGGGUUAAGAACUUUGCUUCAGGAUGAGAACAGAAAUCACGCAGCAGUGGCAGCGGGAGGCCCCAUUAGCUAAAGUGGUGCUUCAGGUUAAGAACAGUUUCAGGUUAAGAAUGGACCUCCGGAACGAAUUACGUUCUUAACCCGGGGUACCACUGUACCUUGCAUUUGAUGAAAAUUAUCCCAAGUAAUUAGCAAAGAUGCACAAAAGGCCCACUUCAUCUAGCCGCACUUCCUUCCAAAAAAUGUGUGCAUGGUUUUCAUUUAAUUGCCCUGUGGCAAUAAUCCAGGCACAUUUACUUGGGAGUAAUUCCAUUAGGCUGUAGUAGGACUGAGGAUCAGGCUGCAAACCACCUAGAUUUUUUAUGGUACCUUCCCUUAGAGAGAGAGAAAAAAGGUCCUGUGGUUCCCCCUGUUUUUGUACAGCUCCUAGCACAAUGGGCUGGGUCUCUGGGCUGUAUGAUAAAAACUAAUUAUAGUAAUAUGAUUAAAGACCAUCUUUCCACUAUUGAGGGGGAUGGGAAGAGAAUACCCCGGUGGCCAAGUUUUAUUCAUGCUUAUUAGUCUUGCUUGUUUUGUAAAUGUAAUUAAAAAAUUAAAUCCCUUAAAAAUAAGCACGUAGAAUAGAUGAAGACAAGAAAAGUGUGUGUAUACGGUAUAUGUGUGUGCGUGUGUGCCCGCGCGCCUGUUCGCACCCCUGCGCGCGCAUAAAGGAGUAAUUUAAACGAAGAGGAAAAACAGACUGGAACCGCUGAGUUCAGAUGCAUUAUGGCACUGGAACUUCCAUAAAGUUCAGAGGUUUUGGAUUUCCGUGUUCUGAGACUGCCCGUAAAAUAAAAUUUAAAAAAACGAAAAAGCUCUAAAAGACAACAGACCCAGACUUCAUAAGGGGACUGAGUGUAGUGGGGGAAGGGAGAUGGAUUGGCCCGAAACCUGCACGCCAGAUCCAAUCUCUAAUUAGAACCUUUUGUCUAAAGUCUUUUCUAAAGCAUUCCGUGUCUGUUUAAUAUUUAACAUAUGGGGGGUGGGGGAACAGAGUUUUGUUGGUGUGCCAGUUAUAUUACAAUCAGAUAUUGUUUAGUUAAGAUGCAGAAUAAAAAAGAAAGGAAAAGGAAAAGGCCAAUUUUCUUCUAACAUGAAACUUUAAAGAAGAAGAAAAGGCGGGGGGGGGAAGCGCGCGGGAGUGUGGUGGGGUGGGGGACUUUACCGCAAAAUGAUAUCACAGUCUUGCACUACUAAAGUUGAUCAUUCCAUCCUCCCUCCUCUCCCCGCCCCCCCCCCCGCGCCGCCCGCCCCCUCUCCAAAAGAGCAAUACAGCAGUUGCUCUGCAUUGUAUGGGAAAAUAAAAGGAAGAGAGUUCAAACAGCAAUUGAUAUUUAUCUCAUGGGGUGAAGGAGGGGCGGUGUGUUGGAGGUGUGUGUGUGGGGGGGGAAAGGAUAGUUUGCAAAGAAAGGGCUAAGUUGAUUGAGCAACGAACGGGUUAAAGUCAAGGGAGUGUAGCUGGCAGAACCGGGAGGAGGGAAUGUUGCCUGUCCCUUUAAGGUUCCUGCAGCACUGAGAGAAUUGCAGGGAUAAUACGAUUGGGGCGGCAGGAUCACUUACUUCUGACGUUCCAAAGCCUGGGGGAGUUGGCUAGAGAUUGUUUCCCUUUGAUAAGGUCCUGGCAACUUGGUAGCAACUCAAGAAGCAAUAAUAAUAAUAAUAAUAAUAAUCUAAGCGCUUCGGAGUAAAAUAAAAAAGAAAGAAAGAAAAACCAUCCAAAGUGUGGGGGAAUAAUUAGUCCCUGUAGCUGCCGAGCAAUGCCAGUACGUAAUGCCGGUUGAUCUUGCGAUAGUAAGAACUGUAUACCUUUACAGAUGCACACACACAGAGAUAGAGACACGCACAUACAUAUAUUUUAUUUUAUUUUAAGGCGGAAGGUGUUGCCGGAAAAAAAGGACGCUUAUCUCCCUUACAGGACCGUUCUCUCGGUUGUUCACUUUGAUGUGCACAGUUAAACCCACAGCUCAGUGUUUGUUGGAAUAGCCCGGAGGACAUUUGGUGCAUGGAAUGACUGCUUGAAACAGGACCUGAGUUGAAAGAAGGGGGGCGGGUGGGGGGUCAGGAGAAGUGGGGGAGGGAUCAGGUCUUUUGAUAUAUAUAUAUAUAUUUAUUUUUUCCCCUCUCCCUUUUCCUUUUGGCUUAAAGAAGAAGCGGGGCGUGAAGGAAGGGAGAGGAUCAUGCUGAAACUCCUCUCUCCCUCUCUCCGCUGAUACGUUUCGCGUGCAAUGUCCUGCUCUCUCUCUCUCUCCCCCUCCGCUCCCCCCCCCUUUUAAACUCUCAGAUGCUAUUAUGAAGCAUGAGAGGAGGCGGGUGAUGAAAAUAUAGGGGGAAUCGGCGCAACGCUGCGGAUUACUUUUCUUCAUUCUGUAAAGGGAGAGAGAGAGAGAGAAGGGGGGGUGGGAAGGCUAAAGGAGGUGGGUUUUUUUUUUAAAGGAAGUACCGAGCGCCCGUUUACGGAGGGGGCGGGAAAAGAAAAAGAGAAGGAGAAGAGAGAAGGGAAAAAGGACCCACUAAAAACUACUGGAUCAAUGGUAAGUUGCACAAGAAUGUACGCGAUUCCCCAGCUGCUUGCUUGCCUGUUUCUCUAUCCCCCCCCCCCCGCGCGCCCGCUUUCUCCCGAUCGCUUUGAUGUCCUCUUGGCUUGAGCUUUGAAGUUGUUAAGGAAAGCUAUUUAUGCGUUAGUUAUGAGCAGGCAGGGCUCGGUUGAGGCGAUAGGCGAGGGUUUUGUACGCGAACAAUAAUAAACAGCAGAGGUGUGUGUGUGUGUGUUGCGUUUGUGUGUGUUCGAGAGACGGGAGAGAUCUGGGGAAGGAGUGGGGUCUUGCACAGGACAAGCCCCCCCCCCCACCUCCAACCAACGCACCCCAAUUGCAGAUAUCCCGGUAAGGUGUGUGCGUGGGUGUGGGGGGAAAGAAGGGUUCAUUUUCAGAUUUGGACUUUUCCGAUUGGGAAGGGAGGUCGAGAUCAAGGAUGUGCAUUUCUUUAUGUGCCGGGGAGGCAGGGAUGCAGCGAGGAUGCGAGGACUCCCUGCCUCUUCUCCCUCCCCCCCCCAACUCUUCCUUUACACCCCUCCCACUUCUCUCGGCACCCCCUGCGAACUCCAAAGAGGCGCUGCAGGCUUACUUAGGGGUCAGUUGUUGCACAGGGCUCGGAGAAAGCAACUGGCUUAAGACUUCUCUUCCCCCCCUGCUCUACCCACCUUCACCUUCCCAAUUCCUCUUCUCGGUUCCUGAGAUCUCUCGGCCUUUCCACCCCCCUCUCCCCUCCAGUCAGUCGCCAUUUCUGGAGGGUUACUUACCACCCCCCUCUUUUAUUUUUACCCCCCUCUUAAGGGUUGCAUUUUAGCAGCUCGCUGGACUACAAUGUCUUCUUUUAAAUCCUCCCCCCACCAGUCGCCCUCUUACUCGCUCACUCUCUUUGAUGGGGGGAGCCGGAGAAUAUAACAGCCGGGCUUGGAAUUUCUGCACGCGUUCAGGUACAUUACAGGAGAGAGGGGGAAAAUACUUUCUUGGCAGUAGUUUGUAUUUGUUUGUUGUAAAGGCAAGCAGGCGUUUAAAAUCUCCACUCCUGUCGUGAGGUGGUGGUGUGGAGAAAUGUCAUUUUAUGAGUAGUUCUGAACUCUUCACAUAACUUCAUAAACCAACUUUUUAAAAUUGGAUGUUGGUUGGUUUUGUGUAUGUGUGUGUGUUUAAAUAAACUGGUUGAAGUCUUUGCAAUCCCAUUUUCUCCCGAGUGAACUAAGGAAGGAUGUUUGGAAGAAGCCACAAAACUUCUCAAGAUCUUAUUAAUCCAUCUUUAAUGGUGGAAACUGGCUAAGUUUGAGAAGAAAAAGUGCAUGACAACCCGAGCAAGGGAGGUGGUGGUGGUGGUGGGGAGGGAGAAUUGGAAUCCUUUGCUUCCAAGUGGUUGGAAGUUUUUAAACAUGUGGAUGUCUUUAACAUGUGAAUGGUAUAACUUAAGCAAGUCCAUGAGAUGCCUUUGAAGGCUGUAGGCAACUGAUCAGAAAUGAGUCAGACAGACCUAGUUUUUAAACUAAAACACUACUGUGGUCAAGAUUCUCCCCCCCCCCAUUUUCUUUUAAACACUUUCUCAAUAUGCCAUUUGUUUUUUUCAGAGGAGCAUCCAGCAUUGUGCUUAGAAGGGUUUCUGGUGAUCAUAAUCUAAAUGUUUAAGGAGUUGAAGGGUUUUGGAGGAGGGGGGGGCAGAGAAAUGGAAACCAGAUGCUGAGGAAAGCACGUUUUGUUCUUUGCUUUGAGUUAUCUACUGAAGAAAGAGAGGGAGGCAAAAUUUUGAAGGAUGUGUGUGUGUGUGUGUGUGUGUGUGUGUGUGUGUGUGUGCUUGCACACAAAAUAGGUUUAACAACACAAGGGAUCCAGUAUUGUUCCUGGGACUUCUCAGAUGUUAUCAUUAGUAGGAGGGAAAGGUUCACAGGGGGGUUUCUUUUCUUUUCUUUUGCGUGUUUUGAUUUUAUAGGCAAUGCAAUAAUUAAGACUUCAUUUUUGUUUUUGCCUCCGCCCCCACUCCUUUUGCUCCCUCCACACCAAAGUUAAAAGUGUGCCCAGAGUUCAAUCUUCCUCUUUGAAAAGCGUAUCUGAUACUUUUGAUUAGCACUGCAGAUAGCUGCGGUUGCCUCUUUAUUUUAAUGUGAGGAGUUGAAAAGCCUGUUUACUUUUUGUCUUUGAUGUUGGGUGGAUCUGGUUUUGAUUAGAUCAAUACUCCCCCCCCUCUUUCUUUUCCUUUUUUUUCCCUUCAAGAGAGAAGACUCUGAAGAAUCCCCUGCUGACUUGAGGAAGAAAAGAGAGAGGGAGAGAGACAACACACAUACAGAUUACUGAGGAACUUAAAAAGAAAAAGUCCUGCCAGAAGGGACUCCCGGAACCAUGAGCAGCGCAGCAUUGCUGACUCACCUCCCAGACCCCAGCAGCAGCUUCAGAGAAGAUGCCCCACGCCCCCCUGUACCAGGGGAAGAAGGAGAGACACCAUGCCACCUGGCUGCCACUUUGUUUGCCAUGAAAAACCAAAGCUUCAAGGCCAUGUCAGUUUCUUCCACGCCAAGGAGAAAUGAAGAUGGCCUUGGGGAGCCAGAAGGCAGCGCAUUCCCAGACUCUCCUCUAGCACGAUGGACCAAAUCCUUGCAUUCCUUACUGGGGGAUCAAGAUGGUGCCUAUCUCUUCCGGACCUUCCUGGAAAGAGAAAAAUGUGUGGAUACUUUGGACUUCUGGUUUGCCUGCAAUGGCUUCAGGCAGAUGGACCUUAAGGAUACCAAAACUUUACGAGUAGCCAAAGCUAUAUACAAACGGUACAUUGAGAACAACAGCAUUGUCUCCAAACAGCUCAAGCCUGCCACUAAGACCUACAUAAGGGAUAAUAUCAAGAAGCAGCAGAUCGAUUCUAUAAUGUUUGAUCAGGCACAGACUGAGAUUCAGACAGUGAUGGAGGAAAAUGCUUACCAGAUGUUUUUAACUUCUGAUAUAUACCUCGAAUAUGUAAGGAGUGGGGGAGAAAAUCCUGCUUACAUUAACAGCAAUGGACUGGGGAGCUUAAAAGUUGACUGUGGCUAUCUCCCUACCUUGAAUGAAGAAGAGGAGUGGAGCUGUGCAGACUUUAAGAACAAACUUUUGCCAUCCGUGCUAGGGCUAUCCAGUAAGGCAUUGAGGGCUACAGCAAGUGUCCGGGCUACAGAAACUGUGGAGAAUGGGUUCAGGUAAGAUAACUUGCUUUGAAUGACUUUUUGAGAGUCUGUUGCUCCUUUAAACAAAUCUUGCAAAGUGGGUAUAUGUGCACAUGCUUGUCCUUUGGAGUAGAUUUUGGCAAAGAUACUUUUUUUUUUUUAAUGAACCUUAACAACUUGGCAUUUAUUUCUGGCUUGGUGGGGAGGGCUGUCUUUCUCCAUAAUAAAGAAAGCAGUACAUUGUGGUUCUUAAGACCCACCAGUUCCUAAAGCUCUCUUAGACAUCAAAAAAGAACUUCAAAGCGACUCUUGUUCUUUGAGACAUGCGUUAAUUGUUACCACUUUAAACCACAUUAAGAGGAGCUGGGAAGAGCACCAUCUAGGCAUGUGAAUGAGUAAUGAAAUACUAGUUUGCCAGCUUCAUCCUCAGCUAGUGUCGAAAUAUGUGGAUUACAUAUAGAAAAUGGGAAGCAAUUAUGUGAUGAUGGAACAAGAAAAUCCAUAUUAUUACUGCGGCAGCCCGUGUGACUGAACUUUGUAACUUACAAGGAGACAUGAAAUACAUGUAUUCUUGGAGAAUACCUUGUGUGGCUUGCUAUCGUGUCUUUAAGCCAAAGGAAAUCUGUUUGGCCAAUGAGAUGGCUUCAGGUAUGGGACAUUAGUGUUAGGGGCAGAAUUCCAACCACUGAGUAAAAGAGGUGUGUGCUCCAGGUAUAUAGGAACUGAGUUGGACCUUUAGUUUCUCAGGCUCAGAACUGUCUACAGUGACUGACAGUGGCUCUUCAGAGUUUCAGCCAGGAACUUUUCCUAGCCUGACCUGGAGAUGAACCUAGGCCUUUUAGCAUGCACUCUACCAUUGACUGACAGCCCUUCCUAGUUAAUGGAAUUCAAGCUGCAUUAAAAGGUGGUCCUAUUCCCAAUUCAGUACCCCAGGAGAGUGAUAUGAGACCCUUCUUUGGUGGCAUAGGCUGAUGAAAGUGGGCAAGACCAGUUUCUCACAAAAUGGCAACACCAGCGUAUUCUUUCUCUAUCUUAAUCGUGACAGAGUGGUAUAAUCUUCUGACACCUUAUUCUCUUUCUCCCCUCCCUUUCCCCUUCAUAAAUGGGAUUUGGUUGAACAAGGAUCUAUAGAGCAGAAGGACCUGCUCUCUCCCUCUCCCCUCUGUUCUGUGUAUUCUCUCUCUUGCUUUGGGAGUUUCUUUCUCAGUCUGGUAAGUAUUUGACAUCUGGUUUACAGGAAUUUUUGUGAGUGUUUCUGUGAUUCAUGGGACAUCAAAGGGCUUCAGGCAUCUCUUCUGUUUUCAGCUUGUUUCAACUAUGGCCUGCCUCUAAGAGGAGGGUUCUUGAAUUGCAUCUGUUGUGUUUCUAGCUUGCAGCAGUGUUUAUGGUCUUUUCCAGCAAUAGGGUUGGAAAGGCAGCUGGUUCUAAUUUGGCUUUCACUCACACCAGGGCAAAUCUGCGGGGGCUCCAGAUAGGCGAGGGGCUUCUUCUAGUUCUUGGCUGUACAAAUGGCAUCAGUGUGUGUUACCCGUUUGUUUUAAUCUCUGUGGAGGUAUAUGCUUGCUCAAGCCUCUGUUUGCCCCAGUAUCUUUCUGUGGUAAAGGCAAGUUUUCAAGUUUGAAGCCCUAGCAAGCCAAUUUUCUUUCACAACCUCUGAACUGUACCAGUUGCAUGAGCCUGACAACCAUAUUUGCUGUUGCCCGGAUCAAACAGUGUUUAUAUGUGCAUGUGUAUAUGUGGUGGUGGGGGGUUUUGUGUGUGUGUACACACACACACACCCCUGCACACACCUAACACUCUCCCCAAGUUGAGAUGACACUGUAGAAGGCAUUGGCAUGUCUAAACUCUGUUGACACUGAGGUGGCAGAAGGCAUGGAGCUAUUAAUGUCAGUGCCACUCUGAAAAACACCAAGCAGGUAACUUUCUGUUCAGGUGAGGAAACUUCAUUUGAACCUUCAGCCCACCCAAUUCAUGCAUGCUUUUGAUUAGGCAUAUAUUGAUGGAGCUGGAUAGCUCCGCUGGUUGAAGCAUGGUGCUGAUAAUGCCAAGGUUGCAAGUUCGAUCCCUGUAUGGGGCAACUGCAUUGUAGGGGGUUGGACUAGAGGAUCCUUGGGGUCCCUUCCAACUCUACAAUUCUAUGGUUUUAUGCUGAAAACCUUCCUUUUAAGCAGAUAUGUACUUUGUGCUGCGCUGUUCUCCAAAAAGGCAAGAAGUUGCUUCUCCUUUUUUUUUGGUCUCCUUGACUGGAUUCUUGUAUGUAACUGAACUGAGAGCUUGGGCUUGAACCCGGGUUCCAGUUCCACUGCUGCCUGCCAUGGACACUUUGUGUGGUCUUUGGCAAGUCGGUAGGUCUCAGACUCAGUUCCUUGACUGGAUUCUUGUAUGUAACUGAACUGAGAGCUUGGGCUUGAACCCGGGUUCCAGUUCCACUGCUGCCUGCCAUGGACACUUUGUGUGGUCUUUGGCAAGUCGGUAGGACUCAGACUCAGUUCCUCAGCUAUGAAAUGGGAAUAAUAUCCCAUAGGGGAGGGGAGGCAUGGUCUCAGUAAAGGCUGCCAAGUCCUUUGCCAGUUAGAGGUGCUGCUCUUAGCAAUUUCUGGACUAGAAUCUCAUUGUUGUUACCAAAGGGAACUAGCUGAGAAGCCUUUCCCCCCAAGCCAGUGGUCACCAGACAUUGCUUCUCCUCCUGUCUCAAAGAUAUUAAAGUCCAGUAGUUUUCUCAGCUUGUGGAUGAGUUGCUGUUAUUUGCCUAGUCUGCUAGCAGUUGACAGGUGAAUCCCCUUUCCCCUUGGCUGGUGUCUGCAAUGUGUCUUCAUCUUUCCGGACCUGUAGGUAACCAAACUUUUUAAAAAAAUAUUAAUUGGAGGUUGUUUUAGCAUGUAAGCUUUAAUGAGGAGUGUGAAGCCUAUUUGUCUCCCUCCCCUGGCUGUUUUCUGCUCCUAGGUUAGGUGUGGCGAACACACUUUCUUUACCCCAAUCACAUCCUCAUGCUGUAUGUGUUAUAAGGUAUUUUUAUGAAUUUGGGAUUUCCCCGAGUCAAAACAAACACUUCGGACUUGGUUUAGGUGUCUUCCCCUCUUUCUCAGGGCUGCUUUGUGUAUUAAUUGCUUCCUUGGAAUGAGGAUCUUGAUGCUCUUCCACUUUGGGCAGUUCAGUGCAACAAAAGUGAAAUUGAAAUUUUUUUUUGUUUACAUUGGAUUCUGAAUGUAUCACACAAAAGUUAAUGUGCACAAAACUGCCCUCUUACGGCACACUCAUAUAUCAUAGCAGCCAAUAAGGUAGCCUCUCUGCUGUUAAGUUUUCUCUUGUAAAGUUAGUGAAGCUCGCCUUCCCACCACAUGGGGCUAUAGCUAGCAGAUGGCCCACUUUUGCAGAUUGGCACUUAUUUGUGGGGGAUGGUGUUGGAACCGAGAUGGCUUCAGUUAUCAUAAUAAAAUUAAGCCAGGAGGGGAGAAAGACAAAUGUGUACAUGUGUGUGUGCUUGCACACACCAAGCAAUUGGGUUUUUGUUUUGUUUUGUUUUUUUGGCAAAGUAGUGUGAUGAAAGCUACAUAUUUGCUUCCCCUGAAAAUUAUAAACACAAUGUUUCUGACCAAAAACCAUUUGCCAGACAAUGUGGCUGCAGAUUCACAUGAUGUUUUCUCAACAGCAGUGAGAGCAAUCCAGAGCUUUCUUCAUAUACCUCUGAUAACCCACCUGAACACCUGUGGAAUGCCAACUGCAGUGCAGCAAAGCUUAGCUUCCUAAUUUACAAGGCUCCCUGUAUAGACUUUCCAUUACUCUGGUUGAAAAACCAAGAUCUGAGGCUACUUAUAAGGCUAGAGGCUAAUCACAGAGGAGAAAACAGCUGUGCUGUUCAGGGUGUUGUUGGGUUUUUGGGGGGUUUUCUUGCAGGGCUACCCACAAAAGACACCUGGAAAGAUAAGUUCUGUGUGCUUUGUCUAUGACACAGGCCUGCUCCCCAACACAGCACAGGGAGUAACAAACAAGUACCAUUUUUAUCAGUAUAAGUGGUAGUAGUUUGAGAAACUUGAGACAUUCUCCUUGAAGCUGAAGGGGAACUGCUACAUGAUUGUGGAAAACAUUUGUCAGUACUGUGUCCUGUGGAGGCACUUUUUUUGAGAGAGAGAAAAAGAGAGUCCAUGUAGAAAUUUACACCGGAGACUCUGCUUCACACAGGAAUUAAAACUCCUUUAAGGCAGCUUGAUAGCAUCUGGCUACAAUUAAGUUUGUAGUGUGGUCAAGAUCUUUCUUUUUUUUUAAAAAAAAAGUGGCUAUGAAAACAUCCCUAAUUGGUUUACUUAAUGUAUGUGGGGAUUUUCUGUACAGAUCUGUUUUAACUGGGCAAACUGUGAUAUUUUUUUUUUAAAUAAAAAGAAAUUUAUUGUUUAAUGAUAUGAUUGUAUAAGUUCUGAGGAGUGGGGGAAUGGCAUUUUGCUAGCUAAAUGUCUUGGUAAUUUCUUGUGCUUUGAGUUUCUGCUGACUAGUUUAAGGUGAUUUAUAGAUCCGUUGAACUUUGGAGCAGGACUUUUCCAAAAGUUCGGCAUAGCUUAGGAAGUUGAGCUCUUCCAAAAAGAUUUUGGAGAUUCUCUCUCUCUCUCUCUCUCUCUCUCUCUCUCUCUCUCUCUCUCUCAAGUGGCUGCCUUACAGUAUGGAAGAGCUUCCCCUUAACCUUCCCAUAGGGAUGACAUGUAAACAUAAACUAACAGGCGGCACGAUUAAGGACGUAGCAGCAUGACAUGCACUUUAAAAGGAAGGUCUGUAGGAUCCACUUAAGGAGCAGGCUUGGUUCUGUACAGAUGGUGAGCAUCUUGCAACCAGAUACCUUACAACAAUAAGCCCUAAUGGGCCUGCGUUUUGUUAGAGCAGGACAUGAAGCUGUUUCAAGGACAGUAAUAAAAAGUAAAGCCUUUAUCCUUCCCCCACUCCCACCCCACUUCCUUGAAAGACCAAAAAAAAAACCCCAAUAGCUGCCUUAAGAAUGUCACGGGAACUUUACAAACAUAGAUAAGUUUUUGUUUUUUAAAGGUACAACAUUUGGAUCCUGCUUCCCCUUGCUUUCUCCCCCCCCCCCUUUUGCAGAGUAACUUUCAACUGGAAACAUGUGGGGUUGAUCUGUCUUGAAGAUCUGAAGGAUCUGAUUUUCCCCCCCUACCGUCUUCUGUCACUCUUUGGUUAUCUCCCAUUCUUUCUUUCUUUUCUUUUCUCUUCCCCGCUCCCUUCCUUCAUCUUUUGAAUGUCUUGAUCUUCCCACUGAAAUAUCUUUGUGUGCUUUGGGAAAGAAUGUGUUCCCAGCUGCGCUUAAAUACCUGAGUCUUUUGCAGCGAGGCCUCCUGCAAAGGUCAGCUUGAGAUGUGGAGGCCUAGAACUUCAGUCAUGCUGUUUGCCGUCAUAACUUGAAGAGGGCUGUCUGUCUGUCUCUCCCUCCAUCUCUCUCUCUCUCUCUCUCUCUCUCUCCCCUUCCCAAGCCCCUUUCUUUGCUUAAGCCUUCGCAAGGGCUCAUGUUUUCCCCUUGCCAGUGAAAUGGAGGAAUGCAACACAGCAGGAGGGGAGUUAAGGGGAGGGUGGGAGGACUUGUUUGUGAGAGAACUGAGUGAAGACUACUACUGAAGAGGUCGAAAGUGGGUAACCGGGGCAAAUGGAAACAAAGGGACCAGAAUACUACUACUAGGGGAAGUGCUGCUUUUCAUUAAGACUACCAGGCUGCUCACUUAACUCAGGCCUGAUGCCUCCUCCGAUCUCAUUGCAAGUGGCUUGGUGAUUUUUUUUUUUUUAAAAACCCCCCAAAAGUUUCUCUCUUUUAUGUUUAGGCCUUAAAGAAAGACUUCCCUUCCCUCUCUCCCUCCCUCACUCCACCCUGCGCCUCCCAAGUUGCUCACAAGUGACUCCAAUUUUGAGCAAGUGACUGUCUUAGAAUUGAACAAACAGCAGGCCAUGGGAGCCUGAGCGGAUCGGGGUUGCCAAGCUGAAUUUCUUCAGAAUGAGGGAUGUGGUCUGCCUCUGUGAUGUCUCUUCUGUGGAAUGUUAUGGAAGUGGUCGAAUAAGGGGUGUCCCUUUUUAAUGUUCUGUAGAGCAGGCAUCUGGAGUAAGGGGUGAUGGCUUGAAAUGAGGAACAUCUGGCAAACUUAGUCUGGAUUCCAGGCGUUUGGAUUCUGUGUGCUUAAAGGUGGUGCUGUCUAUAUAAACAAGGCCUUCUUAAAACGUUUGGCUGAGAGCAGUGAUCGCAAUCCUGUAAAUGUUUUGUCAAUCCCUAAUUUAGUCUUUAAUAGUCCAUGGUGAUUAGGGUACAGAAUAUAAAACACAGGUGUCCAUCCCUAUUGGUCUCCCUUUGCCAAACUGAUGCCCUCCAGAUGUUUGGGACUCCUUGCUCCUUUCUUCCUCAGGCACCAUGGUUGUGAUGGCUGAUGGGAGUUGUAGUCCAAAACAUCUGGAAGGUAGCAGGUUGGCAAAGGCUGCCCCAUAAAUUGUUAUGUUGCUGCCUUGUUUGUCCUACAUAAUGGCUCCCUUUAUUGGACCAACUUGGUGGGGAUACAAAACUGAAAUUUACUCCCCUCUGUGAUUUGGAUUGGAAAAGAUUGCUCUUCACCUAUUAUCCCCUUAUUAUCGCUUUACCAAUGGAGAGCUCUCUGUAUAUAGGGCCACACUUUCUUUUGCAGCAUCCUCUGAAAUAAGAUGUCAGUCGAACCAUUUUGAGAUAAGACCAUCUGUAGAAGUUAUAUUUGUUAAUUUGACAUGCUUGGGGACCUUUUGAAUCCAGAGCUGAAAAUGACCUGAAAAUACUGCGGGCACUUAAUAAUAUUUACCACUUUUUUCUUAAGCACUUCACCCUAACUCAGAGUUUCCCAAACUUGGGUCUCCAGCUGUUUUUGGAAUACAGUUCCCAUCACCCUUGGUUCUACUAGCUAGGAAUGAUCGGAGUUGUAGUCCAAAAACAGCUGGAGACCCAAGUUUGGGAAACUUUGCUCUAGCCCAGGCAUAGGCAAACUUUGCCUUCCAGAUGUUUUGGGACUACAACUCCCAUCACCCCUAGCUAACAGGAGCAAUGGUCAGGGAUGAUGGGAGUUGUAGUCCCAAAACAUCUGGAGGGCUGAGUUUGCCUAUGCCUGCUCUAGCUAUUACAACUGUCUUGUGCUGCUGGCACAGAUUUGAGGCAGAGAGAGAAAAGAAAGAAAGAAAGAAAGAAAGAAAGAAAGAAAGAAAAUAUGCUUUUAAGGCCACUUGAUGAGUGCAUGGUAAAGAUUCAGUUUCAGGGCAUUCAGCUGCUGUUCUUAGCUGCCUGGCCCUAGCUCACUUGUCUAAAAUCUUGCAUUGCCCUUUUCUGUAGAUCUUAGAUUCCCACUCCCAUUAGCCCCAUCAUUCAUAGCUAAUGGUCAAGGAUAAUGGGAAUUGUAGUCCGGCAGCUUAUGGAGGACCACAUUUCCCCCAUCCUUGCUGCAGAUGGACCAGGAAUAACAAUGAACAUGUAUUUGGGUUUAAGACACAUUGGUGUGGGAAAGUAGGAGUUGAGUGUUUUUGUGAGGAGAUCCUAGCCCAAUUCGAAAUGUUAGGGAGUAGAACAAACCUAGAAAGGAACUUGUCAAAAUGUUCAUGAUAGGCCCCGCGUGAUCACUAAGGCUCCAAUCUUAUUCCUACUUACCUGUGAGUAAGCAUCCUUGAACUCACUUACUUUUUGACAGGCACGUGUAGGAUUGUGAAAACUGUAAAAGUGUUGAUGGCUAGAGUGUUGUGGCAGGACAGUUUUCUCUCUACCACAUGGAGACCUUGGUAGUUGUUUCUGAAUCUCAGUUUGUUAUGUGGGAGUGUUCGAGACAAGCUGGAUCUGUUCACAAUAUUGCCUUCCUUGUGAGUCUUGGCACUAGUCUGGUAUAUUGGACUAAAAGCAAGGAGGUUUGGGUCUAAGUCCCCACUCAAGAAUGAAGCUCACUGGUGACCUAGGACUGGCCUCUAUCCUUCCUUGUUGUGAGGUUAGACCAUGGUGCUGAUAACGCCAAUAUUGCAGGUUUGAUCCCCAUAUGGAACAGCUGCAUAUUCCUUUGUUGGACCAGAUGAUCUUCAGCAUCCCUUCAAACUCUACAGUUCUGUGAUCCCUCAGUCUAACCCAGGCUUCCUCAACCUCGGCCCUCCAGAUGUUUUGAGACUACAAUUCCUAUCAUCCCUGACCACUGGUCCUGCUAGCUAGGGAUCAUGGGAGAUGUAGCCAAAAACAUCUGGAGGGCCGAGGAAGCCUGGUCUAACCUGCUUCAUAAGGUUGUUGUGAGGAUAAAAUAGUGAUGGAGGAUGUAUGCUGCCUCUUCUCUUUGGUGGAACAACAGGAGAAAACAUGAUACUUUUUUGUGUGGUGCCAUAACAAGGGAUUUCAUGAAUCCACCAUUUUAAAACUGUAUGACAGCUGAUGGCUUUAAAAUACUCAGUGACUUUGUAGAUCAUGAAUGGGGAACCUUUGGCUCCCAAAUGUUGCUGUUCUUCAACUCCUGUCAGCCCCAGCCGGCAUGGCCAAUGGUCAUAGAUGAUGGGAGUUGUAGUCCAUCAACACCUGGAGAUUCACCAUGUUUGCCACCCCAAUGUACACAAACAACUUGCUUUGCUUCCAUUCCAUCUACACAGCACAAUGAAAGCUAUUAUACCCAAAUGGGUAUGCUGUGAACACAAACCUACACAGGUAAACAAGGAUUUAGUAGCAUGGGUUUAUUUCUCCUAUAUAUUACAGAUACUUCUGGCAGAUCACAUGCUGGUUAGCCAGCUGUUUAUGGUGGAUGGAAAAUGAAGGCCGUGAUCCUAAACACUUCUUAUUUAUAAGCGGUCCAUUGAAAUUGACUGAGUUACUUCCAAGCAUUGAGAAUAUUAGUCAUUUAGUUAGUCUUGUGUGCACAUAUAUAACUUAGCUCAUUGCUCUUUGGCUUUUUUAUGUGUGUAUUUCCUGAGUUCAUGGAAGAGUAACUGAGCUUUCACUUUUUGCUUGUCUCUAGGUCCUUUAAGAGGAACGAUCCUGUUAACCCUUACCAUGUGAACUCUGGCUAUGUCUUUGCUCCUGCCACCAGUGCAAAUGAUAGCGAAAUAUCUAGUGAUGCUCUGACUGAUGACUCCAUGUCUAUGACGGACAGUAGCGUGUAAGUAUUUCCCUUGGUUGAAUUUUUUGAAAAACUGUUGGUUCUUAAAAGAAUCCUACCUGACCAUGAUCUCUGCUUUAAUUUUCUGUUUAAAAUUUUGCUACCCAGUUAUAUUUCUGAUGGAUUCUUUACCCACCAUAUUGCCAUAAACUAGGAGUAUGGUUUGAGCACAGUGUGUAUGCCUUUGACGCAAUGGUAGGAAAUGACUCUCUCAUUUCCAUCACUUUGCAGGUAUUCUCACCCAACUCUCAGGUGAACAACCUUGUUCUCCCAGUAGGACUAGAAAUCCAGCCUCUUACCCAUGGGAUGUAUCCAUAAUCGUCCCCAUAGCCACAAUUUUGCCCCAGCCCUUGUUUUUUUUAGGACUAGGUGUAGUCUUAUUAUCUAAUUAACAGUCGUAAAAAAAGGAAUUUGCUUCCUCUAGGCGGUGCUUUCUGAGGUUAGCUGCUGAACUUAGGAGCGAUGCUCUAUUGACCCAAAGAGUCAACAGCCUUCUUGGGCUGAACCUGGCUGACUUUACUUCUGUAAGAGGGUGGAGGCUGUUUGGAAUGUGAUGACAAUUAUUCCUUAGUCUCUGGGAGAAGGAUGGGAGGAACAAUCUGUGCUGUAAAAUUUGUGGUCUUCUACAGAGAAGGAAAUGGGAAGAAGUUUUCUGUUGUAAUCUGCUUUAGCCAUACAACUAUGUACAAGGGCAACUACGUACAUUGUCAAUGGUUUCUCUCUCCCACCUCUACUUCAUGUUGCAUUCCUCUUCCUGCUGCUGGGUAGAGAGAUUGGACUUCAUUGCUAAAUAUCCCAAAGUGCUGUGAGGAUAGGGGAGCAUAUUCUUUAUUUCCAGUGGAAGGAACGCUUUUUGGAGGCAGGUUGGGGUUGGGGAGUGCAAAGUAGCCUGGUUUUAACUUAGCAUUGAUAUACAUAUGCACACAAACACACACACAAUUCCCAAGGUCUUAACUUGAAAUGCUUAGUUCUGCUUCCCAUGCAUGCACAUAUCUGGAAGCAAUUCCAACCCAAAACAGUAGGACUUAACUUGUGAGUAACAGGAUUGUACUGUUAGUGUACCCAUGGUGGUUUGGAAACCUUGAAGGUGGAAGGAAACGCUUCGCAAUUCCUUGUAAUCCUUUUGGUGGCAGGGGAAGAAUAUGCACUUUUUAAAAUAAAAAAGUCUCUAGAUAUAAAAUAGUGCAGACUUGCUUAUCCACCCUCCUUCUAGUAUGUGUGCAGUACUUUUUUUUUUUAAUGGUUUUAUGGAAGAAGAAGAAACCCAUUCCUGCCUUACCCCGCUUUCUCGUUGAACAACAUCGGCCUUGCAUUUUCUUAAAAAGCUGCAUCACUAUUUUAUUUCUCUUUGCCAGCUGGGCUGCGGUUUGUAUAUGUGCUCAGUGUGUCAACAGAGCAUUCACUGGGUUAGUCAUUUCUGGACCAGUGUUGGGUCACUUGGGACGAGCAGGGCUAGGAUUAUACCCUCUCUUCACAGCAAUGCCAAUUGUGGGGCCUUCUACAGAUGAGAGCACUGAGUGAGAAAUAAAGUGCAUGCUGGAUGAAAGGCUUAACUGAAUCGCUUUCAGCCUAUUGUUAGUCUAGGGGAGCUUAGAGGGGAUAAGAGGGUAGCAGGCUGCUUUGAAAUUUACUUGAACAAGUGAAUAGGAGCUCCCCAUAAAGCCGGGCAUGAAAGGAGCCUGGCUGUUUUUUCCUGCCAUAACAAUAGCCAGUACAGGCUGUGAGGAGCAAGGGAAGCUUGCCUGAUUAAACUGCUGGGAGCUUCAAGAUAUGGGGAGUGGGGGUGUUGCGGAGGUGGUGGUGGUGCUGAGGCCGGAGGGGGGGGGCGGGGAGCCAACCUGGAUUUCAAUAGGGCCCAGAAUGGUUAUAUGGCUUUAGAGAGCAACCUGCAAAAACUCAAGGCAUUUAAGCAGUUCCUGCUGAAAACUGAUCCCAAACUCCCCCUCCCCAACCCUCUCGAAGCCUUUGGAAAGGUUUGAAUUUCCUGUGGUGUUGUCUCAAAACGACUGAGGAGUGUGUGUGUGUGUGUGUGUGUGAGAGAGAGAGAGAGAGAGAGAGAGAGAGAGGAGGAAAGUGGGACACACACUUUUUCCAGCUCUGUGGCGUCUCAGUGUUGUAAACUCCUAGAAGCAGAGCAUGCUGAUAGGCUUCAACAGCUGUUGCAAGCUGCGGUAACACUAGCACGUGUGCCAAGUUGUUUUUGCGUUUGAAUUUCCUUCCCUGCCAUGGGUGUAUGAAAGAGAAACUUGAGCAAAAGGGAGGAAAGCGGCCGCCUUCUUUUCUUUUCUUUUUGCUUUUGGAGGGGAGCGACGUUGGGAGAAAAGUGAAAUCAGCUGCUGUUGUGGUUCAUUUGUCACCUUUGAUGAUGUAGGGGCAUGGUUUCAUCGCACUUUUCCUGUAGCUUCUGUGCCAACAAAUUUGUGCAGCAAUGCACCACUCUACUGUGUGCGUGCAUGUGUGCAAUGGCUUUGGUGGGGUGCAAAUCAGACAACAGAACCCACAGACAUCUGAAAAGCCGGUAUGAUCUGGUCUCUUGUUUUCAUGGUGGUCCCCAGGUGGCAUUCCCAGCAAAGAAAAUGCACACAAUCCCUCUCCCCCCCCCCUUUUCCUGAACUUACAUUUAACCCAAAGGAUCAAUGUUGCGUUUUUGUUUAAUCUGCCCCUUUUUGGUGUUAGCCACAAAGCACCCAGGCAAAUUCACAUUUCCAUUUCUUGAUUGGAGGGAAGGGGUGAGGGAGGGAGGGAGAGACGAAAGGGGGACUUUUUAUUAUUUGGUUAUAUCUUAUUUAUGGAUUUACUUUGGACACAGGGGAAUACUGCUGAGCAAACUUCAAAUAUUACCUUAUCUUACAAACCAGGCUUUUGAUGUUGGCAAGAUCAGAGGCUCCGUUUCAGAGCCAUUGCCAAAUGAAGAUGGGAGUGAAUGCAUAUGCGCACAGAGUCUGAUAUUUCAAAAGAAGCAGUGAAACUACAUUCAGGUUAGGUCAGGCACAUCUAAGUCAAAAGGCUAAGAUAAUUGGCUCAGCUUAAAUGGCAGCUGACUGGAAAGAAGACUUCAAAACUAGUGUUUCCCCAGAAACAGAUUGGCUUAGUACCAGACUGGUUAGCUAAAAUGUUUAUAAUUAAACUGUGCUAUUCAGUGCCUAAAACUAUGCUGUUCUUCAGCCCAGAGUUGGAUUUAAAACACAUGCACACCAGGAAAUCUAGCACAAAUAUUGUGCUUCUGGAGAAGGGAGGGGGGUUGGAUUAACAUGGACAUCAGAAGUUGUAUCUUUUUUUUCGUUUUUCUUUUUAGGCAGCAGUAUUAAUUGUGCACCGGUUUUAGAUAGCAUUUUAUCCUAAAACACUUUAAAAUGUUUUCAGUUUUGUCGAGAUGCAUUCAGUCAGUGACCUUUGGUUUUUGUUGUUGGCUUAGAGUUGUGGCUGAUGUUGGUCCUACUCUGAGCAGGCUCACUGAAAUUAACAAACAUAACUAGCUUAGGUUUGCUAAUUUCAAUGGGUGUACUCUGAGCAUAACUUGGUUGGCAACAGCCCUUAGAUAUGUUCUUUCUGUAUCAGCUCUGGGUUCCGCUAAUCUUCUAAGGAACUAGCAUGGUAUCUAUGCGGUGAUGCUGUUUUAGCCUCACACCGACUCCUACAAUAUAUUUUAUCCUGAUAAAUUGAGACUUACCCAGAUGAGCUUCAUGGCUGGGCAGGACCUCGCUCAUUCAGGUCCAACACUUCUGUGCCAUUCUGACUCAGCUUGUAAAAAUGCUUUGCACAUUCUCUUUUUCUGUGAUCUUGCAGCUACCUUAUGAGGUGCAGCCGCCAAUGUUCCCAUUUUUUUAGAUGGCAGAGAGGCAGGCAGGCAGGCAGGCAGGCAGAAACUUGGCUAAGCCCACCCUGUGAACCUUUGGCUGAAAUAGGGCUUGAGCCAAAAAUAAAAGUCAAGAAUUCUCUCCCUUGUAACCUCACUUGAUCUUCUUGGCUACCCUUGUUGGACUUGAAAUUCAAGCACCAGCUGCCUGUCUUGUCUGUAUUUAAUGCAUUAUGGAUUCUUACUUUCCUUCAAUGCCCUUUCAUUUUAAAUACCCAAGCACCGGAGUUUAGGAAGCUUGUUUCAAGCCCUCGUUACGAUUCUCAGUUCUGUUUCUCAGGGCUGUUCAGUAACGCCACCCUUCUUUUUAAAAUGAGAUUCGCCAGCCCUUUCUAUUUAAUUGUAAUUAACAUCUCCCACCCCCCAUCCCCCGCAACCAAGAUAGCUGCUUGUUUGAGUGAGCCAAUUAAGAGGACACCCCCAUUUACCCAAAUUGUGGCGUUAGGGAGCACUCAAAACAUUCGGGCUAAUCAGGGAGGCCUCAGUGAAUGGGAGAGGAGUGUCACAUGGACACUUAGACUGCCGCUGUGCAUCAUGGUGGACUCGUAGUGAAUGUGUAUUGGUAAGUUUCCAUUUAGAGGACUUUCCUUAUCGCAAGGAAGAUGCUCCCUAAAUGAGACAAAAUAAAGCCAAGUAAGAAAAUGCCCAACUGUGGCAUGUCAAGCUUUUGGUGUUUCUAUCCUCAGAAUCUAUUUAAUAAAGCAUAGCAUAGGGGAAAAAGGCAGUUAGUGGAAGGGAAAGCAUUAUGUUUCCAUGUCCCCCCUGACUCACCAUUCCACCCCACCAGGUAGCAUUCAGUAACAACUGGACAUAUGAUGCUUUAUACCAGGCACCCCCAAAUUCCAGAUGUUUUGGGACUACAACUCCCAUCAUCCCUGACCACUGGUCCUGUUAGCUAGGGAUGAUGUGAGUUGUAGUCCCAAAACAUCUGGAGGGCCGAGUUUGCCUAUGCCUGCUUUAUACAGAGUGAAGCCCAGACUGGCAGCAGCUCUUCAUGGCUUCAGAGCUGCUGCCUGAGAUCAUUUAAAUGGAGUUGCUAGUGACUAAACACGGGACCUCAUACAGGCAAGGUGCAUGAUUUUCUAUGGAUCCCCAUGCACUGCUCAUUAUCUGACUUUGCUUGUGCUGCCACACUGCUAGGACUACCCAGUCCUAUCCCUACAAGUGGCUCUCAUUCAUCCCUUGUCCACUAUUUAUCUGUCAGGCUGUAGUGCAGGAGUGAGGAACCUUAGGGGGCUGCCAGAUGUUGCUGGCCUGCAACUCCCAUCAUCCCCAGUCACUGGCCAUGUUGGCUGGGGGCUGUUGGGAGAUGGGAGUCCCAACAGCAUCUCGACGGGCCACAGGUUUGUCACCUCUUGCUCCUUUACAUGGCAAGUUCUUUCUUGCAAAGAGAUCUGCCUCUGUGUGAAACUCUGUUGAUAUGGAGUAUGGGUCAUUCUUGACUGAAGCUUCGGGGGUAUGCAAUCGCAUCUAAACAGCAUGCAUUUGGUAAAACAGCCUCCCCACCUGUCUCUGCCUUGAUGGAGUUGCCACAUUCAAUACACUUGACAGUUCUAUGCUGCCCUCUCUCCCUGGAUGCAGAAAUGCUCAUAGUGUCCAAAAACUGCUAGGAUGCUUUUGCCUUCAAAGAGGUAAACUUUGCAUCUCCUCCCCCUUGGGAUACUUGGAACGGGAUCCUAGCCUGUCUUAGAUUUAUGGCUGGCAUUUCAUUUCUGCAUCCACUGGAGCUUAAGUGAAGACAUAAGAGGUGUUUGCGCGAUGUUUCUUUCUUGGUUGUCCAGCAGCUUUCUUGGCAGAACCUAAAGAACAAAUGUAGCAAACUGGGAAGGGAGAACAAACUUCCUCCUGGUUGAUGGUGCAGCUGUCUCUUACUUGAGCAAGCCAUGCGAAUUGUUUUUGCGACAUGCUGUUUCGUCUGUCCAAAUGUUGCAUAUGUAUUUUUGCUGUAUGCCAAAUAAUUCCAGUCCAAGUUGACGAGAAAAAUCCUAAUAGUGUGAUCUUUUACUUGUCUGCUCAGAAGUAAGCUCUAUGGAGUUCACUGGGGCUUCCUCCCAUUGCAGUCCUACAAAGGAUCCAAAGGUCAAACUCUGUUUGACUCUAAGACUUGGAGCAGGAGUAAUCAGUAUGGGGUCCUCCAGAGGGUGUUGGAUUACAACUCCCAGCAGCCUCAGCUACCGUGGCCAAAGGCCAGAGAUGAUGGGAGCUGUGAUCCAACAACAUCUGGAGGAUGCCAUGUUGACUGCUUCUGGCUUAGAAUCUUAGCAAACCACACCAAAGUUCAGCAUUAGCAAAGAAGGGAGCCUGUACCUACUCUAGUAGCAGACAUAAGCCACACGUUUCAGGUCAGAUAAAGUGAAGAGGCUGGCUUUUUAACAAACCCAUGCAUCACUGCUAGAGGAACACACCAUCUUACAGUGCACAUUUUUCUCACCAGCCUUGCUUAGAAGCAUACACCUCAGCUCUUGAAACCUGAAUGAGAGCGUUCCUCUACAGCAAUCUUUCCUAACCAUGUGCCCAUAGAUACUGUUGAACUAUAACCCUCAUCGUCCUUGACCUUUGGCUAUGCUGCCUGGGGAUCACAGAGGCUGUGUUGUAGCAGUGUCAGGGGAUGUAAGGUUGGGGAAGGUUGUUCUACAGCCUGGAUAACGACCUCCAGGUGACGGGCCAUAUCCUGGAUUUCCCCACCCACAGUGGGCAGGGUUGCCCAACUAUCCAUCACUUGAUGUCACCAUGAUUCCAGGUAACCCAUUUGUCAUUUGCAACAUGGGUUCAGAUCCAGCUCUGCUGCAAAGGAAGAUCCAGGUUGACCCAAGUGGAGCUUUCAGUCCGUGCUGAUCAGUGACUUCAAGCCCUGCUUUCGGCAGGGGUUGGUUAAUUUCCUGCAUUCCCCAUUAUGGCUAUCUAUUUACUUGUUUCAUGUUUGAAUCACUCCCCUUGAGGGAGUGAUUUCUCCACCAGGAAAGUGAUUUCUCCACCAGGACUUCUGCAGCACAGCCAUAUCCUGGUGUCUGCUAGCCCCUCUUGGUUGCUGUGUCCAUACCUGAUAUGGCAUCUGGUGUGGGGCUGUUGCUCAUAGUUUGGGGGAAAUGGCCUUGUGGAGCCUAAUUGGGGUGGAGACUUUCCACCACCUGCUCUACAGCUUCAUCAGCGUCAGUGGAGAAAGCUGUGGAGGAAUUUCAAAAUGAUGCCAUUGCCUGUUCACAAAGUGCUGUGCCAAGAGGGUGGCAAUCCAAUUGUGUUCGCCGUCUAAGGUUACAGCUUGCUUGGCAAACUGCAGAUUUGGGCACUGUUGUGCCGCUCAAGAGGCUUCUACUGCGUGGAAAUGGGAGUGACAAAGCCGAGGGCUGAGCAGGUGGGGAAGCAGACAAGUAACUGUAAACUGUGGUUUGCCUGUCUUCCAUUUGGAAGCUCCAACUAUGGUUAGCACAAACUAUUUGGGUGCCAUCUUUGUUUCCUCCAUUUCUUGGAAGGUGGAGGCAGAUGAAAUUGCACAAAUGUUAAAAAUGCUCCACUGUCCACAGGGAACACCAGCCAAGAUUGAACGCAAACAAUGCAUAAUGCUUUAGAAAGAUGUUUAGCUGCUGGCCAUGGCAAGUCUCCACACCUUUGCUGUCCAGAUGACACUGCUAAGGGGGUGCUUUCUGGCAGUCGUGUAAGACUGUAGUUGGAACUUCUUAUGUGUGGAAGCAGCCUCUUUUGGACUCUUCAAGAAUUCUGGCCUCUAUAGAUUAAAGCUGACACUUAAAUUGCUUCCAGAAAACAACAUGUAGCCAAUGCAAAUGUUGGAAUUGUAAUGUUCCAUGAGCACCUGCCCACCCAGUCAGGAAGCAGGUUGUUUCAUUCCACACCAGCUGAAGAUUCCAGUCACUCAAGAAGUAGCCCCAUGGAAUUACUUUAUUCAGAUUUUUUUUGCUUUUUGCUUUUGGGGAGGCCAAAAGCAACGGAUGUCCACUCUCUCAAUGAAACUAUUUUCACCAGAUGUGAAUCUUCAGAAAGAAUUUUGAGAGUUCCAAAUGAAAUGCCACAUUUAAAAGCUCCACAGCCCACAAUAAUUUGGUGAACAAACCUCAUGCCCAUGUGGAAGUGGGCGAAUGAGCAAUGACUUGGGGGUUGGUUUUUUUCUUUCACCCAGCAAACCCACAAUUGCUGAUUUGGAUGGACUAUGCAGCUUUCAUACAACCCAGCAUGUAUUUGCUUUAUAGCUGUUUGGUACAAUGUCCAGUAUUCGUCCACAGAGCCAUUCAUAUUUACACAUCUGUUGGGAGCAAAUGCUCAGUGUACGUGAAAAGGUUGUUGCCUUUUCCGGGGAGCAGGGGUGCCAGAAUUAUUUAAAUGAAUGCAAAUUUGAAAUUGUCCAUUGAUGACUGUUAAGGCUGAGUAGAAGAAACAAAUUGCUUGAACUAUCUAGUCAGCCUAGAUAAAGCUAUCUAGAAGAAACCCCUAGUGACUGAUCAGUUAUUACUAUCUACAAGUAAAAUUUGGAGAGGUAGAUCACAUCCCUGUCUAGAAAUAUUUAUUUAUUGAUUCCCCGCAAUGGACUGUGGGGUGAUGCAGGGGCUGUUAAAUAUUUGGGAAACUGAGCAUCCUGAUUGGAGCUGGUGUUGUUCUGUAGGGCCAGUGCAAAUUCUGGCAAAUGCUUUUUUCUGAAGCUCUGUAGUAAAUAAAGGAUGCCUUCACAGCAAGUCUGCAUGUUCUUUCUCCUUGUCAGACAAAACAGAUCUUUCCGCAAAUAUUAGGCCUGAUCUGUGUAAUAUGUGUGCCAUCUGGAAAGCCCUUGUCUGCGUUCCAUGUAUCCCUGGUUGUGUUUUCUGCAGUUUUGGCAUGCGUUGGCUCAUUUUGUGGUUCGGGUGUCCAGGACAUCCAUUGCUCGUGUGCAGUUGUCAAUAUACGAACGGCCCAGCCUAGCGCACAUGGAAAGUGCAUUGAAAUGUGACUGGACAUGCAUGGAAAGCUUUGCUGGGGAAUGGAGAACCUAUGGCUCUCUAGAUGAUCCUAGGCUACGAGUCCCAUCAUCCUUAGCUAUUGACCUUGCUAGAUGAGAACUGAUGGGCGCUCAAGUCCAACAACAACAAAAAUUGGGCUGACAACCAGUGCACUGUUUUUUUUUCUUGAAGUGUAAUUGUGUUUAGCAGGACGUACUAUUCAUAGAAUUAUAGAAUUACAGAGUUGGAAGGGACUAUGAGGGUCAUCUAGUCAAACCCUCUGCAAUGGAGGAAUCUUUUGCCCAAUGUGGGGCUCAAACCCACUACCCCGAGAUUAAGAAUCUCAUGCUCUAUUGACUGAGCUUAAAAAGGUUUGUGUGUUGGAACACCCUUAAAGAAAGCACCUAUCUAGGGUUGCCAUAUUUCAAGAAGUGAAAUCCCCACAACAUGAAGUUUUUAAGCUAUUCCUUAGGAAAUUCCCCCCCUCCCAAAUCAACAGUUCCCAUAUGCGUUUUCCCAGUCAUUUUAACCGAUUUUCAAAAAAUUUCGCCCAAAUGGCAUUCUGGACGGCAGCCCUAAUUUACGUAUGACAGCUCUCAUUUAUACUAACACUCAUGUAGUAUGUAGUCUCAAGGACUUUUGGAAUAAUAGGCUCUACAAUAAAGAUGAUAGAGAAAGGCAGCUGUGGCUCAUCCUUUGGAUUUAGCCUAACAGUUCCCUGGUGCACAAAAGCAGGCGAUACCCCUAUCACAGCAGAAAACACAAAAUUUGGCUAAUAUGCGCACAUUUUAAAAAGUUGUGUGUGUGUGUGUCUGGGUUCCCUGAUUGAUCACAAGUGUUUAAAGACACCUGUAUAUUAUACAGGCUUUCCUUCUUAAAUGACAGAUGGGGAGACUAGUGGCUCUCUAGAUGAUGUUGAAGGAGUCUCCCUCCCAUCAACCCUGACUAUUGGCCAGCUGUCUGAAGCUGAUGGAGUCUAACAACAUCUGGAAGGCCACUGGUUCCCCAUCCCUGGGCUAGAGCCAUGAAGGUCACAGUGAAGGCAUGCAGUGGGUGAAAAGAGAGCUUCCAAGGAUGUCCCUCAGACAUGGAGCAAGCCUAGCUUUGCAACUGAAGUGCCAGGUGGGCCUGUCUAGGAAGAGUAUGCUGGCUUAGUCAUCUAUCUCUCAUUGAGUGUGCCAAGUGGCAUGUUGCAGUCUUCAUGAAGAGCCAGCCUGUCAGACCAGGCAUAGCCAGCUUGUGCUUCAGAUCUGCAGAACUACACCAAACCAUAAGCCUGAGAUUGAUCCUGGAGCAGAAACAUUCAUUCAGGCUCAAUGCAGUGAGGAACUGACAGAGUGGCCCUACUCUGAAAUGUUGCAUGUCUUCAUCCUAAGUUACACGUAUGCACACAAACACAGAGGGGGCAAACACAGGCUGUUCACAUUCACAGGUUCAGCCCACAUUGGGACUUACAGAUCCCACCACUGGAAAUUUCCACAAUUCCUGCUUUCCAUACUACAAAAGGAGUAGGGACAAAAGCCAUACCACUCUGCCAAACAGCAGCUGUUCUUCCUGUUUUCAGUGUGCCAUAUGUACAAGGCCUCAGUUAGAUGGGGUAUGCUGGCAGGCAAAACCAUAUUCCAGUUUGCAGUAUGCCUUUUUAUUCCUAUUUGUAUCCUAAUUUACAUGCAUAUACAGGCACCGAAACGAGCAAACUCAGUAAAGAAAUUGUGAAGAGGGGGAGGCGUAGUAACCAGAUUGCAGAAGUUAGGAAGUGGAACAUCUUGUCAUUUUGCCCUGCAGGGUUGUUUUUGUUUUUGCACAUAGAGAUUUCUUUAGGCAUAAGCUCCAUGCAACUUGGGGCCCGGAUUUCUGAAGAAACACUUGCUUUUUGUAUAGACCUGCUCAUUUGCUAAGAUCAUUGGAGCAGGCUUUUCUGGUGGAGCUACUGCUAGUUGAGGCACAGGGUGUGACAACCCAGCGGAGGGCCUUUUCUGUGUUGGCACUUGGUUUCAGGAACUUCCUCUUCUCUAAAAUGAGGUAGAUGCCAACCAUGAUGAACUUUUGAUGCAGGCCUUCCUGUUUAUUCUGGCAUUUGCUGGCUACUAAUUCUAAGCUCAGAAUAAUAUACAUUGCUGGUUAUGGAGGAUGUAAUUUGUCCGUGGUUUCUAACGUUUUAAUAUGUAUCUGUUUGUACUGGAAUGAAGAAAUAUCAUGCCACCAUUCUGAUUUUAUCUGCACGAUGUGUUGUUAGCCAGUCUAGGGUCCUUCAAGAGGAAAGGCAGAAUAAAAGAAUUGUUGUUGUUAUUAGGCGACUUCCAACAUAUAUAAAAACAUAAUAUUCUAUGAACCACUCAAAUAUUAUUCAGUUGAUGAGCAGUAUAUAUAAACUCUUAAAGUAAACAAAAGAAUAAAUAUUUUUCAAGUUUGACUGUGGAAGAGGAAGAAACCGUUUUGACUGCAACACAUGACUAGUUAUUUGAAGGCCCAGCUCCAAGUUUGUGUAGGCCUGUGGGCAAAAGACAGCAGAUUGGUCAAAUACUCAGCCCAUCAACCUGCCUCUCUGUUCUACAACCACCUAUGAGAAUCUCUGAAGUAGGGCUGUCAAAUUCUCUUUUCUUAAAUGAGUGAAGGAGGUGGAGUUUCAGGGCUGGAGUUUGAGCCAGUCCUAUUUAAGCACCCUCAGUGGCAUAGCGUGGGUUGUCAGCACCCGGGGCAAGGCAAGUAAUUUGCGCCCCCUAACCCGUGGAUUUGCGCCCCCUAACCCGUGGAUUUGCGCCCCCUAACCCUAACCCCCAGAUGUUGCGCCCGGUGCGGCCGGCCCCCCCUGCACCCCCCACGCUACGCCACUGAGCACCCUUUUUGUUGUUGUUGUUGGGCAGCGAGAGAUGCUUCCAUGUGUGUUUCAUUGCAUCUUAGCUGAGUACCUUGUUUGGAAAUUAACCAUUUGUAUUCCUUUACUUCUAGUGAUGGGAUCCCUCCAUACAGACUCGGGAGCAAAAAGCAACUCCAGCGGGAAAUACAUCGGAGUGUCAAGGCCAACGGUCAAGUUUCUCUACCUCACUUUCCAGUAAGUACUUGAGUUUGUUCAGGCAUAGAGAGAACCCAUCAAGACUUACUUGCCCUAAAAGUGUGCUAAGCAAAACUGGGAAGAGAGAAGCCCCUAGAAAUGACAGUCUACCAAAAUGCAAACGCAACACACUGGCUAAAUAACUGUUAGUAAAUAUAUAAUCAGCAUGAUGUCAUUCAAAAUAUACGAAUAAGCCACUUCAAAACACUCUCCCUCUCUCUCUCUCUCUCUCUCUCUCUCUAUAUAUAUAUAUAUAAAAUACAACACAUCUCACAAAAUAUACAAGUAACUGCAACUUGUUAUAUGUAUCAGAGUCAAACAAAGAUCACUUCAUCAACAGCUACAUUAUCCAGUGAUACCCACUAGUAUGAUCUUCACUAGUAUGUAUAUUUCAUUGAUAAUUAUUCGCUGAUAAAGACUUUAUUCCAAAACAGUUGAACUAUUCCAGAUGCACUGUCCUUUCCAGACUUUUGUGAGACGUCUUCCUUUGAGAGACGGUUUGGCGUUUCUCGCUAUUCAUUGGUUGUUUGAAUCUUUGUUUGACUCUGAUACAUAUAACAACUUGCAGUUACUUGUAUAUUUUGUGAGAUGUGUUGUAUUAGAUAGAUAGAUAGAUAGAUAGAUAGAUAGAUAGAUAGAUAGUUUUGAAGUGGCUUAUUUAUAUAUUUUGAAUGACAUCAUGCCGAUUAUAUAUUUACGAACAGUUAUUAGCCAGCGACUUGCAUUUGCAUUUUUAUAGAUUUUCACAUUUUGCAACACAGGGGUUUGUGUUUCCUAGAAAUGGCACAGCAGGCUCACUGCCCACAUCCUAUGAAUGGUGCUUACCUGGGGCAACUGGACUCCUCUUCAUUGGAGGCAGUAGCGAUGGAGUUCCACACUUCUUCCAACCAGCAUAGGGGGACAUAGGAAACGGCCCUGUUUGUCCAUCCAGCCUAGUUUUGUCUACUCUGAUUGGCAGCAGCUCUCCAGGGUUUCAGGCCAACAGCCUUUCUUAUCACCCGACUAUCUGAUACUUACUGUUUUUCUUUUUACACUUGAGAUAGAGGUUCUUCUGCAUGCAACACACAUCCUCUUUCAUGGGGGCUAUGUUUCCUCUCCAGCCUUUUUGCUCUUUGUGUUCUAUGGACAUAAAAACCUCUCAGAGGCAAGAUAGGCCAGGUCAUUAAGCUUCCUUCAUAGUGUGGCGGCGGCAGUAGGGAUUGAAGCCAGUCUCUGUUCAUAUCUGAGCCUCUUUGUCCAGUCAUGGCACUUUGAUAAGGCUAUGCAAUCUCUAGAUGAAUUUAGCCUUGAUGCCUUUUUGAGCCAUUCCUUGUUGUUUGCUUCAGUAUAGGAGAGAGAUGGAAUGCUGAUCUGUUGGGUGGUGUUUGGUUUGGCUUGGUUAGAAUGCAAAGUUGCAUCAGCCUAGAAUAAAAGAAGAGGAAGGAAUGUACAAGAUGGUGGAAGACAGAUCCAAGCAUCCCUUCCUUCCUUGUAUAGCUAAACAAGAUACCAGGUGCCUUACACCAGCAGUUAUCUAAACAUAUCUAAACAAGCUUCCUAAAAAUGUACUUCCAGAGUUUCAUUCUGGUGCACGAUAAAUUCUUUCUAGGUUUAAACCUGAAAGUUUUCCGCCUGCCUCUUUUCCCUCAAUGUUUCCUUUUUGCUGGCUACGAAAAACCCAUAUCCCUGGCACUCUGAGUACCAUAUGCUAAGGGCAGUGGGCAGGUCAAAAGGUUACCUGGCUGUUUCCUUCCUACUCCGCCCUGUGAGCUUCUAGACUAGGUAUGGGCAAGCCUGGGGCCAGGAGUGGACUUUGGUAAUAAGACACCCUGUUGUUGUUUAGUCAUUUAGUCGAGUCCAACUCUUUGUGACCCCAUGGACCAGAGCACGCCAGGCACUCCUGUCUUCCACUGCCUCCCGCAGUUUGGUCAAACACAUGCUGGUAGCUUCGAGAACACUGUCCAACCAUCUUGUCCUCCGUCGUCCCCUUCUCCUUAUGCCCUCCAUCUUUCCCAACAUCAGGGUCUUUUCCAGGGAGUCUACUCUUCUCAUGAGGUGGCCAAAGUAUUGGAGCCUCAGCUUCAGGAUCUCUUCCUUCCAGUGAGCACUCAGGGCUGAUUUCCUCAAGAAUGGAUAGGUUUGAUCUUCUUGCACUCCAUGGGACUCUCAAGAGUCUCCUCCAGCACCAUAAUUCAGAAGCAUCAAUUCUUUGGCGAUCAGCCUUCUUUAUGGUCCAGCUCUCACUUCCAUACAUUACUACUGGGAGAACCAUAGCUUUAACUAUACGGACCUUUGUUGGCAAGGUGAUGUCUCUGCUGAGAGAGGACAAAAUUGGGCACCCCCCCUAAAUAUUCCUUAUUUUCACAAGUAUUGAGUAGAUACCCCUAUAAGUAUAGGAUGAUGAUGAUGAUGAUUUCUUGUGUCCCCCAUCUCUGCAUCCUGCGGGGGGAGGGGGACCACCCGCACCACCCUAAAUCCAGGCAGAAAUGAUGGGAGCUGAAGUCCCAUAGUGUCCGAAGUACCACUGUUAUAGAAGCACCUGCCAAACAGUAGGCUUCUGAAUCCCAAGUGAGGAGGGUGGUUUUGCACUCAGGUCCUGCUUUUGCAGUCUUCUUAUGUUGUCACAUAUCUUUUACCCCAUUGGAAAUUGGAGACUUGACGGAUGUUUGAUAUGAUCCUGCAAGACUUCUCUGUAUGUUCUUUCUUGUUUCUAUUUUCCUGUAUGACUCCUUUUCCAAUCUGACAUACUCCCCCCCCUCCCCGCUGUGUUCUCUUUUCACACUGGGCUCCAUGUGCCCAGCCACCAUUGGAAAGAGGAAUUCUGGGUAGAACCCCCUCCUCUUCCUCCUCCCAAUCACUGCCUCUUUUUUGAGGACAAUGAAUAUGGACUUGCCUUCUGGUAUGUUUGCACCAUGUUGAUUAGCUCUGAAGAACUGAUAUGAAGUGUCUGCCCUCCUACCCAUUUUAAGCCACAUGAAUGGAUGGCUAGGAGGAAAAUGGGGGGGGGGAGACGCUUCUUAAAUCUCUCCCCUAACUUCCACAGCUGCUUUCCCCUCCUUUCUUUCUUUUUUUCUAAAUAAAAAAGGAUCAUGCUCUGCAUUUUCUGGUCUGCUCCAGGACGUCAAAGAGAGAGAAACGCACCAGGAGAAAUCCUGUGUUCAUUGAAGUCACUGGGAGUUCUGCUAUUUGUUUGAGCAGAGCCAGGAUUUCUACCACCACUUACAACUUCUUGGCAGGAAAUAGACAUCCCAGCUUCUGCAAAGGAAAGAGGAUAUUUGUACCAAAUAUGUGCCUUCAAAAAUUAAAAAUAAAUAAAAAAACCAGUGUUUUUCCUGCCUCUUGGUUUUCAAGGAAAGCAGCUAAUCUGGUUCUAUAUAUUUUGGAAGGUUGGCUUGCCCUCUCCUUUAAAGUACAGAAGAUUUGAGGGAGAUGCUGGUGUGAUUCUUCUAGCGAGGCAUUUCUCUGCAAAACUAUUUACCCAGACAAGUGCUAACCUAUCUUGUCUCAUGAUUUGUGUAACCAAAUCCCUCUCCUUAUGUAGUAGAGAAAACAUUAGUAGAUAGAUAGGUAGGCAGAUUGAUAAUUUGAGGUGUACGGAAAUGUUUUGUGUGUAUGUGCGCGCGCUCUCUUUAUUUAUUUAUUAUAUUUCCCUAUCCCUUCCAUAAAGAAAGUUCUAUAGCCUCCGCUUGUAAAUUAGAUUAUUUUGUCCUGGGGCGUGCAAAUCGACUUUCUCUGUAAGGCAGUGCUUUGAUCAGGGAACUGAAUAGAGCCAGCUUGUGUAAGAGUGACAAUUUCCAGCAGAGUGGCCUUUUUCUACCCUCACAUCAUUUCUGAAGCUAAGUGGUUGCAGGAGAGAGAGAGAGAGAGAGAGAGAGAGAGAGAGAGAGAGAGAGAGGCCCCACCUCAUCUCAUGGGUAGUAUGUGAAAGAGCUGGCAGUUCGGCUUUCUGCUUUAAAAAAUAAAAACAAAAUAAAAUGUGUGUUUGUGUGUGCCUGCAGAAUUUAAGGGUAAAGGCAAAAAAAACCGGAGGGGAGUACUUGUGGGGAGAUGACAGCAGCGAUUGUGGGUGGGUGGGGGUCUUUCCUAGCUUCUUUUGGCAGAGAUUCUCUCGCCUGCUUUUUUAUAUUCUACACUUGAUUUGGAGAUGUUCCCUUUUCCCUUGAUAGAUCUGCUUGAGGCAGCCACGCUCAGCAGUGUAGCACUGCUUGCCUGCAGCAGCUUCCUUCAUUUUCUGUACAAAGAGAUGGAGGGCAGGGAGAGGGGGGGAGUGAGAGAGAAAAAGAGAGAGAGAGGGAGAUCUAGGACACUGUUGAGACAACACUACCUCAAAGGUGCCCAGUGUGUAGCCAGGAAAUAAAUUACCAGCACUUCUCUGAUCUGCAACCGUUUGACUUCUCUUUUUCUCCCCCCCCCCCCCAGUUCCCUUCCCUCCCCCCCCCAAACAUCUUAUUAUAUUUUUUUUUAAUUUCCAACUCCUUUCUGUUUAUACUCCACUUUUAUUCCUUGAGUUAAAGUCUCUCCCUCCCACCUCGGAGUUUUUCAUUUGAUGUUUGACAACAGUCUUUGAAGAUUUUCUACUUCAGAGUAGUUACUGAUGGGCUGGUUGUACUACAGAGAGAACAAGCAGGGUUCCUCGGAGUGCGACCAACUGCUCCUGCCGAAGGCAAGCGCUAUUGGGGAGAAUGUCACUCCAUGAGGCCGCGGCAACGGCUCAUAAAAAUCCAGAGCAGACCAUGCCUGGUUGCGGACUCCUUUUCAUCCAAACAUGGAGACGCAACCAGCUGAACGGGGCCAGGAAUGCUGCAUGGGCUGAGCUGCCUCGGCUUCCGCCGCCUGCUAAACAUGGCUCGCUGUUUUUGUCCCCGCUCUGUGUAGCGAACCCACCGCCUUCCUAAGGAAAUGACCCCCGUGGAACCGGCCACCUUUGCAGCCGAGCUCAUCUCUCGGCUGGAGAAGCUCAAGCGGGAGCAAGAGACCAUGGACUGCUUGGAAGAGAGGCUGCAGCAAAUCACAGAGGUAGGUGGAUUAACCCUUUCAGGGGCGGACGCCUGCUGGGUGGCAGCCUCCCUUGGCUAGGAGGAGGGAGGAAGGGAAGGAGGGGGUAGCAGAGGCGGGGGUUCGAAGCGGGAUGUUAAGAGAUGGCAAGACCACAGGGCUUCUUCGUUCCUACUUAGGGGCAAGCUGUCGAUUCUCCUGUCUUUAAAACCCGAAAAUGCGAAUGAUUCCCUCUUCCCGUUUUCUCUGCGUGCCUCUUGGUAUUUAAAAGACAAUAACGGACCUGACCGCCACCCCCCCUUGUAGGUCUGUUAUCUCCUCUUCAGGCUGUUAAUGCAGAAAUGCAUGUCUGGAGCAGUUUCUCAACCGCCCUUGUUCAGCUUUGCAGAUGGAUGGAUGGAUUGAUUGAUUGAUUGCCCUUCGUGUUUUGCCCUUGAAGGAUGAAGAGAAGGAGGGAUCCGACGCACCUGCGGGUGCACAGCCUGGCCGAGAGGUUGGGGCCAAUCAGCACCCGCCACACCCCCUUGCCCUCUUGCCCUCCGGCAGCUACGAGGACGACCCUCAGGCAAUCCUAGACGACCACCUCUCCCGAGUGCUGAAGACCCCGGGGUGCCAGUCUCCUGGCAUGGGCCGGCACAGCCCUCGCGCACGCUCUCCGGACCGCCUCCCUGGGGGCAAGUUGCUCCUUGCGCCGGGCACAGCCUCGAUCCCCACAGCCUGCGCCCUCAUCGGCAAAGGAUUUAUCACGAAGCAGACCACCAACCACGUUCACCACCACUACAUCCACCACCACACCAUUCCCAAGACGAAAGAGCAGAUAGAAGCGGAAGCUGCCCAGCGAGUCCAGUGUUUAUGUGCCGCCGGGGGCAGUGACUAUUAUUGUUACUCCAAGUGCAAGGGGCACUCCAAGGGGGUGGACCUCCCUAUGGCUCAGCUAGAGCCGUUUGGGUAAGUUUCCUCUGGUGGUUGAGCAUGGGGAAGGGCAGGUGUCAGAAACUUGGCUAUAGUGCUGUGACUCACGCCGUGCUCUGUAAACAAUGGGUAGCUGUUGGUAGUUUAUGAAAUCGCAAAGAGCUGGGGAUUACGGGGAAGAGGAGGAGAGCCGUGGUGCUGUGUGUUUCUGGCAUAAGCUAGCAGAACGGCAAACAAGCAGCAAUCUUAAGUGCUCUUCUCUUUUCUUUCUCACUGAAGCCUCAGCCGAACCGGGACACUACCCAAAAGGAACUGUAAGCUACCAGAUGGCAUCAUUCUGCCAGGCGGGGAAGGAGGAGGGCUCUCCAUACCACCAGGAAUCCAGCUACCUGGAGGGGAGGCGGACCGCUCUCAGAAUGUCUGGCAGUGGAUGCUGGAGAGUGAAAGACAAUCUAAGCACAAACCCCAUAGGUAAAUAUAAGCUGUCUGCAACACUCUUGCUCCCGGUGAAUAUUUAUCUAUUACACAGCUGUCUAUUUUUACAAUCACUAAAAACAAAUGGAGCUCUUUUGCUCCUCCGGUUUAAUAUGAAAGCUGUUCUGCGGAACCAGAAAAACCACAAAAAUGUCAUGUUUUUGGCAAGAGCCCCUUUUCAUGUUAUGACAGACUUUUUCUUUUCUUUCUUUCUUUUUUUGGGAGAGUGAGUGCACAGAACAGAAGCUGCUAUUAAACUCAUAUUUUCCAGCUUUUAUAACCUUGUUCCUUCCCUCUCCCCUGUCUUUUUCUCUGCAGCACACAAAGCACAAAGAAGGCCUACAAUUCGGAGUCCACCAGAGGCGUGCCUGGCGAGCGCCCGGCCCGUCACCACCUCUGGGGGAGCAGCAGCCACCCGCGUGGCGCACAGCCCGCCCACCCUUUCGUCCAGGAUCCCGCCAUGCCCCCGCUGACGCCGCCUAACACUCUGGCCCAGCUGGAGGAAGCUUGCCGCAGGCUAGCGGAAGUGUCCAAGCCACAGAAACAACGGUAACCUUCCUACAGGUUGGGUGCUGGGGUGCCUCUUUACUGCAGCAUAGGUGCAAAAGGUCUUGAAUGUGUGAACAUUAUCUUCAAAAAUGGAAUGUUUUCACAUCCUUAUCAGCUAGCUGAUGGUUUGUGGCAAGAAAAUAAAGCAAAACAGGCUGUGUUCUUGCAGGCUCGUGUCUGGUGGUCAGUCCUGAGAAUGAAAGAUGGGAAGGAUGUGAUGCUAAUUCAUGCGGUUCAUUUAGCCCUCUUGGAGGGGUGACUUGGGGCUGAAGCACAGAGGCCACCUCUUUGCCCCCUCCCCGACCUUAACGCUUUUGUCAUUAGGAAGGCUCUUUCCAGUCCAGUUUGAGCGUCACACAACCCCUUUUAAGAUGGAGAAGAAACAAAACUUCUUAACAGCUGUAGAAAAACCCCCACAAUAGCUUGAUUUGUAAAUCCCCUUGCAAGUUAAUGCCAUUUUAGUUUGGCUGUCUUCAUCCUAGUGGAAGCUUAUGGCACUGCAGGUGAUGUGAAGGUCUGGUGGUGCAAAACCACACAAGGCCCAGCCAUUAAACGGAACAUUGCCUUAGAAAUUAUAAUCUCCCGUUCUUAUCAUAAACAAUUAGAAUAUUGAACUCUGCCCUUGUUUGUUUUUCUUAAACGUAUUGUGGAAGUGAAUUCGGUUACUUGGCCAAAGAGCCUUGCUGUCUUUCGCUGGAAAACUCAGGCAUAGUCUUAACUGUCUGCCCUGGAUAUUAGAUAUACUGAUGGGAUUUUGACAUCCUUAAUCAUUCUUCCCUUUCUCUGCUCCCCCUCCCCGCUUUUCAACCUUUAGAUGUUCAGCUUCGAGUCAGCCCAGGGAUCGCAACCACUUGACUUCUGUACCAGGAGGAAACAGUCCUUUCUGCAAUGCAAGCGUAGCGGCAGAAGAGUGAGUGUUGCCAUAUGCAACAUCUAGCUUUGGAUAUCAUUCAUUACCUUUCAAAACGUGUGUUUUAUCAGUGGGGUGGUGCUUUGAAAAUGUAAUCUUUCCGUGCUUGGUCUUUCCUCUUUUGAGGGGGGUGAAAACAGAACAAAACAUUUUUUUUUCAAAUCUUGUCUUCUGAUUUUUUUAUUUUUUAAAAAAGCUUGCAUUCCUGUAAAGUGGACAAAGAUUGGAUUAGUCUAAUUACAGGAUAGUUCUUUUUAACAAGAAAUCUGCUACAGUCUAAAUAAUUAAAGUUUUCUUUCUUACGCUCUUCAUCUUAAGCAAUGAGCAAUGUUUGAAGUCCAGGCUAAGCCACCUGACUGUAGCCUUUCAUUUUUAAUUGGUUGACCUUAAGUCCACCAGCUGUCUGUGUGAGUAGCUUUUUUUCUCUUCCUGAAGCCACUCUACAAAGACUUGGAACAAAUUAGGAAGAGUAAAUUACUGUGGAGUAACACUUUGUGACCUUUUGACAUGCCAAGUCAAUGUUGCCUCAGAAGUUGCCUGCAUGGCAUUCAAAGCGCCGUUGCUAUUCUGCUGAGUAACUGAGUUGUUUGUUAUUCCCUAAGAGGGUCGAUCUUCCUUGGGAGUCCCAAGGUGUGAGGAGACCUUAGCUAUCUGCUGCUCCUGCCAAUGGCUCCACAACAACAUGGCUCCAAAAAUCUGCUUGACUGUAACUGCACCACAGAAUCUGGUGCAACAGGCAGAUCUCUUACCUGGACACAGCAGUUUUUAAUAUGCAUGUGUUGGUACACAUAAUGAGCAGCUUUCUAAGUCACAUCAGUGCAGAAGAAAGUAUGGUGUUUGCCUUGACAUGGAAGUGAAUUGGAAACCUCUGCUCAUGUGAAGCUUUGGAUUUAUUUUAUUUAUUUAGUAAGAGAUUACUAUAAUCUCUCUCUCUCUCUCUCUCUCUCUCUCUCUCUCACACACACACACACACACACACACACACAGUUACAGGGCAACUUACAAAAUAUAAGGCAAUAUAAAAAAUAAUAAGCAAAAAGAUUUUAAAAAUGCCCAUGUAUAACUUAAUUGACAGCAUCAUAAAAAUGGCUUAACCAUUCCACCUCUAAAAGCUUGACAAAAAGAGUGAGUUCUUAUCUGCUGUCUAAAACAAUAUAAAGCUGGGAGGUCAUUCCACAGAUGUGGAGCCACCACCAAAAAGGCUCUUGUGUGUGUGUGUGUGUGUGUGUGUAGACAAGAUUGUAUUACACAUGGUUGUAGAGGCUUGGAAAUCAAGUUGAUUUCCAGAGGGAUAACCUUGUUAGUCUGUUGCAUUAAAAACAAGGAGAUCAGUGAUAAAAUGCAACAAAAUGGUAAAAUGCAGUUCAAAACACAUAGAUGAAGGCUUAAAAAUCUAACCACUGCUGAAAGAAAGUCCGGAAAUUCAGCAUGGAAAAAUAUAGAAGCUUUACAGGCAACUAGUUUCAGAAGAUGUUCUCCAUCAAUUUAUAUUAAGACAUUCAUCAAUCCAUGGAGAAUAACACUGCAGUUUCUUAGUUGGUUCUGACUGAGUUUAAUUCUUCAUCCACAAUACCUCAAGGACCACCUUUCCCCAUAUGUUUUGGCCCAGAUCCUGCGCUCAUAAUCCUGGACCCUUCUUGUUGUGUGCCCUUCCUAAGAGGUCCAAAGGGCACCAUUGCAUAUCUUUAGGUGCCAGGCAAAAAAAUUUCCUCUACAGCCAGGCCUUUGGUCUUUAACCAUCUGUGGCCUUUUAGAAGUGGGCAAGAUGUUUUUAAUGUAUUUCUCUCUCUUUUUUUGGCUCUAACGUAUCUAUGUGGGGCUUAUUGCCUGCAUGUUUGGUUGUAAAUUGCUCUGGGUUGCCUUGGGCAUGAUAAAACAACUGCCAAAUUUAAAUAGCAACAACAACAACUCCUUCUGAGAAGGUUACAGAGUGCUGGGAACCAUAGUGAAAAGUUUCCUCAAAGGCUAUCUUUUCUCAGAAUUCACCUGUAUACAGUUUAGUUCCUAAGAAGUCUUACACAGUCCUGAGAGUUCAGUAAUUCAGCUAAGCUCUCCAAAGGAACAAACACUCUAGUUGUCUAUGGCAAAGUGAACCUGGCUGAGAAGUGACUAGAAAGCACCUCAGCCAGACUCCAUCCAUGUAGUUGAAUUGAACCAUUGCAUACAUGGGGAGGGCUAAAGCUCCAGCGCUCAACUUCCCCCAUUUGGCCUAUUCUAUUGGUGUUUGCAAAUGGACAGCAGGGUUGUUGUUGCUUUUAGGUUGAUAAAGGAAUGACUUGACUUAGCCAAGCUCAUACAACACAUUAACAACAAAUUAGAGGUGGGAAUGAGACUGACAUCGUGUUGCCCUGUGGACCAAAUUGACUCAAGGGAUGAGCAGGGAUCUAUAAAGCAGGGAUGAGACGCCUGUGGGCCUCCGGAUAUUUCUGGACCACAUUUCUCAUCAUCCCUGCCCAUUGGCCAUGAUGGCUGGAGCAGAUGGGUAUCGGCGUAUGGAGGAUGACAGGCAAUAUCAGAAGGUGGGGUGGGGCAAUGGCACUCACCUGACCCCUGGUUGCCUCUGUUGUUCCUGCGUAUUGGAACAGAGAGGGGGAGGCUGGCAAGGCGCAAAAGCACUGGUGUGAGCAGCAGGUUAGUUCAACUGGUGCGUUUGCACUGCACCAGCCUCACUUCUACCUUGCUCCCUCUCCAUCCCUGUAUGCAACGGCUACAUGGGCAACAGCAGGUUAGGCGAGUGCCCGCCCCCCACGCUGCCAUCCACUAUUGGCCACAGGUUCUACAACCCCAACUGUAAAUCUUUAGGCCACAAAAUAUGUUCAGUGGCUAGUUUGAGAUUUUUACAUGGGUUUCAGGUUGGCAAUUAAAGCUUGUGCAUUUCCGGGUUCAAAACUCCACAAAGUUUGCUGGUCUUGCCUCUUGGCUUUAAUGCUCUGUGUUUAAAUGCAAACCCCAUUCCUCUAACCAUCCACUGGUAAUGUUUAUCAGGCAUGGAGACUUUCAGAGUUUGGUGUACUAACAGAUAUCAAGCUUAUGCAUUUAUUUUACCACCCAGCUGCUAUAGGUGGUUAGCUGACUACAUAUGCUCCUCAUGAAGUUGUGCUCUCUGACUAUGGCAUAAAUGCUUUCUAAAUAAUGUCUGUUUCUUUCCUCCCUUCUUUUAUGUUUCAGUCACAAAGAACCAAAGAAACUCCCUGUUGCUCACUCUUCCCAGCCUAGUGAGUUGGUUGUCACUUAUUUUUUCUGUGGAGAGGAAAUUCCCUAUAGGAGGAUGUUAAAGGCCCAGAGCCUGACACUUGGGCACUUUAAAGAGCAGCUGAGCAAGAAGGGAAAUUAUAGGUAAGCAUAUUUGUGGUUUCUUUCUUCUUCUUCUUCUUCCCUUGUGUUUGCAGAGACCGUGCGCCAAAAUAACCAAAGAGAUAUUUCUAAGCAUCCUCCCACAAGGAAAGGCUUUUGAUGGUUGGCUGCAACUUUGCUCACUAGUCUGUCUGAGUUUCUGCUGUCCUCUUUGUAUUUACCCACCAAACCAAUAGUAGUUAAGCGGUGGAUUGGUUGCUCCAGAAACCAGACUAGGCCUCACCGGGUGGAUAGACUAUAUAACGAUGUUGCUAGCGCAGUUUCCUUUCACAAGCGGAUGAGCCACCGUCUUGCGUAAUAGGUAUUCAUUCAUUCAUUCUGAGUUCAUUCCCUGGCUAUUGCUGCUGCCUUAGAAGUGCUUCUGGUUUUGUUUGUAACAAGUAAUUUGAUUUCCCUGCAAUCGAUUGCUCUGUAGCUAAUUAUUCCCCCUUUGCAGUUUGCAAUAUGUAAAUAAUCAGCUUCAGAGUAAUCAGCUGCUGAGGGGUAGUAAUGUUUAUUGCGCAUGUAAGUGCUUCCUACGAGAUCACAGCUAUGUGUCUCUAUUUGCAAGGGAGGUGAUAGUGUCUGAAGUGUGUUCUUCCUUUGGUUAGGUGAUUCUGGGGUUUGUUCUGCACAAGGCUAUGUAAGCAACUAAGCCUUAAAUCAAAGUCCUGCUUGCCCAUGGAAACAGACUCAAAUGAUAAACCCUAAUUUGUGAAAAGAAAUAAGCCACUUUGAUUUAUUGUACUUGGUACACUAUUUGCUGAAGCACAAACUGUGUGAGGAGAGGUGUAGGUUUCACAGAAGGUACUGCAAACUAGAUGCUACAAAAUCAAUAUUGUAGCAUUGAGUAAAGAUUUCAGAUCAUAAGGGACAUAUCCAUCUCCUGGACAGUACAUAGGAUCAACCGGACAUGCAGUUCACAUUUCCUCUGUUGGCACGUCCUGUGUAAAUACCCAGUGUGUGAAUGUGCCUUUAGUGAGAUACGCCUUAAGUUGAGAUUCCUGCAUUGCAAGGGAUUGGACUAGAUGACCCUUAGGAUCCCUCCCAGUUCUACAGUUCUAUUGUAUGAUUCUAUGUGCAUUUGGAAUUUGUGUUGCCAAAUGUCCCUUAGUCAGGCAAACCCACUGCUCACAUUAUACCCACUUCUCACAUUAGCCAAGGUGUGAAUGUCUGUAGCUGGCAGGACUGAGACAGUGGGAAAUGUAUGAGCCCCAGUGGAGGGGCUCAAAACCCACAUUGGAAGCUGUGGAUUCAUUCUACCGCAGGACCAUAUAAUUACCCCCAUAGCUAUUGUCUUCCUCCCUACCCAUUGUUACUCUUAACCUCCUGAUCCUCUGUGUCUUCUCCACUCACAGUUGCCCUGGUGCACUUGAGUUUUUGUCAGAAGCUCACAACAUGCCAUUGGUUCCUUUGGAAAACUUACUGCUUUAAAGCAGGGGUAGAGGAUCUUGUUCUGCUCCAGACAUUGUUGGACCACCACCAACCAUCAGCCCCAGCCAGCAUGCCCAAUGGUCAGGGGUGAUAGGGGUGCAGUCCAGCAGCAUUUGGAGAGCCACCCCAGCCUUGAUGUGUUUUCUGUGUUAUGAAGACAUGCCCUGCCUAUGUAUUAAGGGCCUCAUUGGAAGCUGUCCAUCUGACAUCAGAGGAGAGGCAGGAAGCAGUCCAGGAUAGGGCCUUUUGCUGUUACUGCCUGAGGAAUGCGUGCUCUAGGGAGGCUUGCCUAGCAACCAACUCUGUCUUUAUCCUUUUGCCCUGCCUUUUUCUUUUUAUUCCUCCAGGUUUUUAGCACAUUGUAGCUUUACUCUGAUGUUUUUUAUCUGGCUUCUAUAGCCAUUUGUUGGUUAUCACUCUGGGUUGUUUUUGUUUUUUUUAAAAUCACUCUGAAUCGCUUUGAAUCUGGUGCCCAUACCAGAUGGAAAGCAGAAUAUAAACGUGUGAAAUUACAGCAUAUAAAGUCCAUCCCUACGGGGCAGCACAUAUGCUACCAAAGUGGUGUGUUUGCUGAUGGGAAUGCGAACUAAAACUCUCCAAGGGGCAACCAGCAUGUGGCAGGCAGUAUCCAUGUGGUUUGAGCUGCCAGUGCUUUUCUUCCUUGCUUCCUCAGCCUGAAAAUGACAGAUUUCCCUGUAUGGACAGCUGUUGUGCAAGUGCAUGCAUAGCUCAGUUGGUUUGAGCGUGGUGCUGAUAAUGCCAAGGUUGCAGGUUCGGUCCCCGUAAAGGACAGUCUGCGUAUUCCUGCAUUGGCAGGGGAUUGGACCAGAUGAUCCUCAGGGUCCCUUCCAACUCUACAAUUCUAUGAAGAGGUGGCUGAACACACCAAGGAGAAGUUGUUGUGCAUUUUGGGUUCCUGGUAGCAUUGGGAAUCACAGGUGGGGAGAAUGCUGCUUCACUCAGGCCCUGCUUGUGGGCUUCCUACAGGCAUCUGGUUGGCUACCGUGAGAGCAGAAUGAUGGCCUAGAUCAGGGGUUGUCAACCUGGUCCCUACCACCCACUAGUGGGCUUUUCAGGAUUCUAGGUGGGCGGUAGGGGGGUUCUACUGCACAAGCUGAAUCCUCCUUCCAUCGAGUACUGGUGGGUGGUAAAGAAAUUUUACCAUCAAGAAAGAUGCAUUAGUGGGCAGUAGUUAUAAAAAGGCUGACUACCCCUGGCCUAUGGGACGCAGGUGGCACUGUUGGUUAAACCACAGAGCCUAGGACUUGCCAAUCAGAAGGUUGGCAGUUCGAAUCCCCGUGACAGGGUGAGCUCCCAUUGCUCAGUCCCUGGUCCUGCCAACCUAGCAGUUCGAAAGCACGUCAAAGUGCAAGUAGAUAAAUAGGUACCACUCCGGCGGGAAGGUAAACAGCGUUUCCAUGUGCUGCUCUGGUUCUCCAGAAACAGCUUAGUCAUGCUGGCCGCAUGACCUGGACGUUUACGCCGGCUCCCUCGGCCAAUAAAGCAAGAUGAGCGCCGCAACCCCAGAGUCGGUCACGACUGGAGCUAAUGGCCAGGGGUCCCUUUACCUUUACCUUAACCCUGGCUUAGAUGGUACAUUCAGCUGAUCAAGCAGAGCUCUCAUGUAAACUGGAUUGUAGAACUCAAUGAACAUAGGCCCCUUUUCCACUGUGACGUCCAGUCCGCUGAUGCCAGUUUUACGGAAUGGAUCUACGCUCACCACCACCAAACUGAGUGUAAGCUUUUUGUAAAUUGCCUUGUUUUCGUGAUGAGCAUGGAGGAAAGCAUUGUAGGGCCUGCAUCUCUUGUACAUAGCAAACAUAGGCCCAGAUUAAACUAACCUGUUGUGCUAGUGGAUGCCGCCUCAAGGGCUCCUGCUAGCACAACGGGGCUUCCCCCUCCCCUCCAAAUCUAGAGUUUGAAAUUAGCAGGGCGCCAGGCGCAUUUUGUGCCUAAAGAUUCUCCAUUUGCGAGCACCUCAAAAAGUCUUAAGUGCCAUAUGACACUCAAGGAUUACUGAAAUGUAUGCUCUUUGAAGCCUUGGAGUGUAUGUUAAGGAUAGACAGUAUGUUAAGGAGUUUAACAAUAAAGAGUACAGCAGUACCUUGGGUUAAGUACUUAAUUCGUUCCGGAGGUCCGUUCUUAACCUGAAACUGUUCUUAAACUGAAGCACCACUUUAGCUAAUGGGGCCUCCUGCUGCCGCUGUGCUGCCGGAGCAUGAUUUCUGUUCUCAUCCUGAAGCAAAGUUCUUAACCUGAGGUACUAUUUCUGGGUUAGCAGAGUCUGUAACCUGAAGCGUAUGUAACCUGAAGUGUAUGUAACCCGAGGUACCACUGUAGAGUGUUUUGAAAACCGAAGUACGGUACCAAUAUUUUUUGUUGUAAACACAAAAUUAAAACAUGUAUUAAUAAUUUAUGCUAAAAAGGUUAUAUUAACAAUGUGUCACUUAUGUGAAUUGCGUAUUAGCGCAUGCUUAUCAAAAUGAUAAAAAACAAUGUUGCCGACCCCCUGGGGCAACUAGACAUUCUGUUUUGGCACCCACAACUCAGGUCCUAGGAGCCAUUUGGCUCCUAGCUUGUCUAUCCCAGUUUCUAACACUGUUCAAAUCUGUUCCCCAUCCCAUCCCAAUCAGAAAAAAAUUCAGGACCACACUCUAAGGGAAACCUAGGUUUCUGUUUGCACACCAUGUCUCUGUGGCAUACACUGCUAUGAAUGGAGUGGAGGCAUGGGUCUGAAAACAUAUAGUGGAGAUGCAAAAGUCCCAGGGCCGGGUAAUGAAAAAUUCUAUUUAAACUUCUAUUUAAAAUUCAAAAUGUUUUUCCUCAUUUUCCUUCAAUUAAAUUUUUUUUUAAAAAAAAUGGGCAUCAUGAAACACUUUCUUUUACAAUGACAAACAAAAUGUUUAAGACGAGGUGUUCAUCUAUUUACUCCCCCUCCCAAAUUAUUUCUAAAAGUGUGCAACAGGAAAAACUUUAUGUAAGACUAUUUACAGUAUCCCAUCAUUACAAUUAUUAAGUAUUAAGUCCUCAUCUGUCAACUGUGAGUGCAACUCUCACAUACAAGAGCAAGAUGCAUCUCUGCCUCUUGGAAGGCACUGCCAUUGUCACAAGAGAAGGAAGAAGGUUCUGAUGCCUCUUUUGAUUAUGGCCCUCCUCUUGCUGGAGUAGUUGGAAUACAUCUGUCUCUGUCCUCUUUCACAGGCCUCAAAAGGACUGGAAGUGGGAGAAAGUAGAGAGCGACAAAAUUUCGUUGCCGUUCAGUUCGCACUGCUUGGGGGGGGCAACCGCAAAACACCUUAAUAAAUUCAAUUGUUAAUUAUUGUCUGGAUGAACUGUAACUUUUAAUAUAGCAGAUACAAUAAUUAUAUGGUACACCGAUAUACAUAAUGCAUAAAGUUACAAAGUGACUUUUGAUAUGCAAAGUAGUUCAUUCCCCCCAUUUAUCCCCAAAUUUCCCUUCUUUCCUGACAAAACCCUCCCUCCUCCAAUGACUUCAAAAUUUCCAGAAUUUUUUAGAUCUCUUAAGUAGACACAAAGCCAGGGGCCUUGAAUUUGCCUUGGAUUUGCUUACUGUGUAUUUUAUAGAAGUCAGUGAUGGGAAAAUCAGGACCGGAUCAUUCUGAUAACCUCUGAAGAACUCCUAGAAUGAAACUGAUGUUGCUUAGCUGAGGUUGUUACCAUUCCUAUAGGACAGGGGUCAGCAAGGUUUACCUCACCUGGGUCGGUUCACUCCAGCGGAGAUCCCUUCGUGGUCCGGAUCACAUGCGCGCGCCUGCGAUUUCCAACAUCUGCGCAUGCACAGACGCGAUUUCCGGCACCAUGGAAGCAAGUCAGUGGCUUGGUUCGGGGGCGGCUCGUGGGCUGGUUAAAUGACCCCCGUGGGCCGCUUGUGGCCCAUGGGCCUUAGGUUGCCGACCCCUGCUAUAGGAUCGCGCUGUACCUGUGGUUAGAGCAUUUUAAAGUGACAGAUAACUUUGGGGGUUUUAUUUCUUUGACUUUUGUACACAAUGUGUACAAAAGGAGCUGAGGCCAAAGACCAGUGGGGAGAUAGAUGAUAGAUAGAUAGAUAGAUAGAUAGAUAGAGAGAUAGAUAGAUAGAUAGAUAGAUAGAUAGAUAGAUAGAUAGAUGAUAGAUAUACUGUACAAGAUUCCCAUCUCAUAUUCUCAUAUUCUCAUAUUUUUGAGGGGGGAAUCUUGUACAGACCCAAGGUGAAACUAAUUAUCUGAAUGUGUUGCUCCCUCAGGGAAUCAUUUUGAUCCAAGCUUUGAUUAUUAUUAUUUGGGGGUGGGGGGAGGAGAGGGGGACGAAGAGCGAAGCUGCAGGUGACCUUCAAGGAACAGGGCCUUAUAUACUGCCCAGAGUUGCAGGCAUUGCUGAGGGGAAGGAUUGGCUUGGUUGCUCUGGUCACAUCUGGCAUUGAUUUUGUUCCAAGGCACACUUAAUAAGCAUGUCUUUGAAGCCUGUGCCUUUCAUUUUUAACACACAAAGGCAUGCAUAAAUGGUUGACACUCAAAAUUCUUUAUUGAACGAGUCAGUCUGCAACAAUGUAGGUACCUCGGGUUUUUGCUGAGGUACUCUUCAGCUGAGGCGGUGUGAACUCAGGGGUGGGUAUGUGCCUUUGUUGAUUUGUUUUUAGGGGAAAUAUUAGGAGGCGAUUUAAUGCUUUUAAUAGUUUUGGAGUUUCUCUCUCUCUCCCAACACACACACACACACACACACACACACACACUAUCAGAGGCAUGCCCUUACACUUACAAACACACAGCCUGCCCCCCUCUCUUUUAUUCACUCUGCGUAGUGUUGGGUAACAUGGCAGUAGUUCAGAAAAAGAGCAGUAACUCCAAGCCUUGUAGACUGUAUGGGUGCCAGAUGUAGAAAAAGCGGGGGGGAGGGAGAGACAUACAGCAGAAGAGGGGGAGAGAAAGAAAGCAAACCUUGCCACAUUUUUUCAAAAAGUGUUUCAAUGGAGAGAGUCUCCCCCCCCCCCCACAAGCAAAUAAGGACCUCCUGAUGUGUUUUAAGAGGUUGUGGGGGGGGGAGAUAUUAGUUUGCAUUCUCCCUCACCAAACCCCUCUCCCCCCCUUUUGCACUUUUCUGUGAGAAAUAAGGUUGUAGUUAUGGAAAAGGUCAGCGUGUGGAGCUCCCCCCCCCCCGUUUUUCUUUCAAGAAAAUAAAAAUGUGGCGUUCAAACAAAGAAUUUUGUCAACGCUGCCAGAGUUUUAAGAUCAAGGGGGAAGUUAUUGCUACAGCUGUUUAUCCUCUUGGAAAGGAGGAGAUAAAACGGAGUGAAAGUCCUUUUGUGCCUCAUUCAAAGUCCCCCCUCUCCCUCCUCAUUUUUCCUCUCUGGCCUGCUAGCUUGAGGGAUUCUAGAAGGAAGUUUCAUUGUGUUUUGGUUUUGGAUCAGCAAAAGGAAGACUGGUCGGUGGGAGAAUUUUGGCCUCUUCUGAAGUAAAUGGAUUUUGUUACAUCCAUGGGUUCAUCUGAAAGUGACAAAAAAAGUCCGAUGACUGAACAGUUUUCCUUUUCUAACUUGAUUAAGAGACCCAUCUUGUUAUCUCCCUAAUCAAAGUCAGAUAAAUAAAACCUCCUGUCAGAUAAACCAGUCUCUUGUUGGUAUGUUCAGAGGUCUUAAAUAUCAAAGCAAAAACGGGUGCUCGAGUAGAUCCCUAGCCAAAGAAAGUUGCUUUAUAAGAGGGAAUUCAAAGUUGAGGGGAUACUUUAAAAAAAAAAAUAUGGUAGAAAAUGUGACUAAGCUGCCUUUCCUUUGAAUAUACUUAGUUACUUUAAAACUUGGGUGGUGCUUGUUGGUGUUUUCCCCUUAAGGCUGAUCGGAUAAGAAUAUUUCCUUGCCUGUGACUGCAUGGCAAAAGAGAGCUCCUUGGAAGAGGGUGAGAGAUCAGCCUGGGUGCAAGGAGGGGUGUGUGUGUGUGUGUGUGUGUGUGGUAGUAGACAAGCAGGCUCCCUAAAUGCUAACCCUCUGAAUGGAAGGCCUUCAUUUUGUGCAUAUGCAAUUAAGCAGCCUGAGAAGGAAGAAUGCUGGAAGGGGGGGAUAAAAGGAACCUUUAAUCAAGAAGCUGAACGGUCUAAUUCAGGAUAAUAGAGGGGUCCUUACUGUUUGACACAAGAGGGGAAGGGGCACAAUUUUUUAAUUUUUUUUGUCUGCAUGAGCACUGGCUUCGUGAUCUAACGAUCCCAAGCCUGAAGAAAGGGAAAGCGGGACGCUCCUGCUUGACCUUUCUGUGUCAAAUAUUGCAAUCUAAGCCAAGAUUGCUCAUUACGCAGGGGGCCACUCGGAAAUAUCGAAGCAGAGAUGUAGCAAUCUCUGUCCUUUUUUAAAGUGUUGUUCUGUUUUUGGAUGUUCUUCUUUGGAAUGUGUCAGCAGUUGGGAGCUUUUACUAAAAAAGAGAAAGGAAAAAACAACAAAGGCCUCAAAUGAAAUAUUCCCGGUUUUACAAUGUGUAACUUUUCUCUCUUCUUCAAAAUCCACUUUAGUAGAAGUCUCAAAAUUGUAGGAGUGGCGCUGUAUAAAGUUUAGUCAUACGGCUAAAUCGGAAAUAAUGGGUUUUGUUUUGGAUUUUUAUUUCCUUAAAUCAGAUGCUUGGCCAGGGAGAAACUUUGCAUUCCUGCUGCCAAUAUCUGUAAGUGGUUUAAAGAACUGUCCCAAAGGUGCCUCCUCUUUAAAAAAAAAUAAUAAUAUAUUAGUUGGUACAUUCAAUUUGCUUUUUUGCCCUUCUUUUGUUUUUCCAAGAGCUUUCCUCUUAAGUUGCAUUUAUAUGUCCAGAGUGUGAUAUCGCUAGUCUAAAUUGUGUAGAUCUUUGAGCUGUGGAAGCUUAGCUUGGUUUGGGGGGGGGGGCAGUUCACUGCUGUAGGGCUUGUUCUCAUGGAGACCGCUUUGUCAAAAUAUAUUUGGUUGAGCAAAAUCAGUGGUGCUAGUCUCGUAAAUGAUAAAAGACAAGAUUGUGGGCGUUGAUAUAAACCCGGGGGUCAGCAACCUUUUUCAGCCAUGGGCCGGUCCACCGUCCCUCAGACCAUGCGGUGGGCCAGACUAUAUUUUGAAAAAAAUAAAUGAACGAAUUCCUAUGUCCCACAAAUAACCCAGAGAUGCAUUUUAAAUAAAAGGGCACAUUCUACUCAUGUAAAAACCACGCUGAUUCUCAGACCAUUCGCGGGCCAGAUUAAGAAGGCGAUUGAGCCGGAUCUGGCCCCCGGGCCUUAGGUUGCCUACCCCUGAUAUAAACUGAGGGGGUAAGCCAGACAUUUCCUGAUAUUUGAGAACCAUAGUGCUGCAAUCACCUUGUUGUGGUCAGAAUUGAAUUUGCACUUCCAAGUUCCAGUAAAGCAGAUUUACCUCCCAUUUCAGGGCUUCAGUUCACUGACUCCUCUUUCCCAUCUGCUUGUACACGAAGAUUUAUAGAGCACUUAAUCACAUUAUGCACAAGUUGUGCCCACGACUUACAAGAGGGUUAUGUUCUGGGGAUCACACCUAAAGCCAUAAUUAUGUAUAGUCAAAACGCUUUGGGUACAAUGGCAGGUGGGAUUUCCAAAGUCUUUUUUCCUGGAUGGGACACCCACCUCCUUUCUGCCCCCUUUUUAAUUUUUUUAACAUUUCUGCCAAGUACGUAAAGCUGAAUGCACACAAGUGAAAUGCACCUAAGUUUGCGGGUUUACUGUACAUAGCAAAAUUAACACAAUAAAACACAGCAGAAAUCCCAAAGCCUGUCUCUUACCCACAGAUAAAUAAAACUUUUAAAAGCAAAGGUAUACAACUAAAUAAUACAUUCUGUGAGGGAUUGCUGAAAUAAUAAUAAUAGCAACAAUAACAACAACAAUAAUAAUAAUACCAAUACCAAUACAGCAAGGGUGCUGAUAAUGCAGUGUCGUUUUAAAGUGGUCUGUCGCAAAACUUUGGCACAGAGAAUGACAGUAGGGUUUUUUGAAAAGCGUGGAGGUUUAAAACCUAGCCAGUGGAUAACUCUGCUUGAAAUAGUCUCAGCAGCUUCUGUGAAGACACAAACUCCUUCCAGUCCAGCAUCUGUAUAUCUUACGACAGGAACAUAAGGCAGAAUUCUGAGUUGCGAUAAUUUCCCUGUCAGCCCCACUCUCUCAAAACAGCUCGGGCUCAAUUACAAUGCUGAGGUCCAGUCUGAACUCUCUCUCCCUCUGUGUGUGUGUGGGGGGGGCACCCCUCCUGUCCCUAAACCAGAGGCAGGCAACUAGACUCCAGUUCCCAUCAGCCCCAGCCAAUAGUCAGAGAUUAUGGCAGUUGUACUCCAACAAUAUCUGGAGGGUCACAAGCUCCCAUUUCCUGCCCCCAAACCAUAGAUAAAAGUUACAUUCUGCAAGCUAAGCCAAUUCUGCAUACCAAUGGGGCCUGUCAAAAUCCUUCUCCCUUAGAUGUAACAUAACUUGCCAUGUGGGUCUCUUCCACCACAUUUCGAGACAUGCACCACUUCAACAACAGUCAGCAGCUCAAAAUGGGACUAUGGAGUUUCACACAGUGAUGAUGGAAAUCCAUGUGUCCUUACGUUGACAACCAGGGCAAGGUUCACUUGCAAUGCCCAGGCUGUUUUUCAGUAGCAUCUCUUUUGUAACCGUAAUGUGUGCCUUUAGGGUGAAUCAUAUGGAUAACUAAGGUGGUGCCUGAGAGUUAACAACAUUAUAAGAUGCAGCAAGGCUUUUGGGGAAGAGUGCGUUGAGGAUCAUAUUUAUGUACUAUGUCAAAGAGCAGUCAGGUUAUGCCAGCCUGUGGCAAAUGGAUCACAAUUUGAUCACAAGAUGAGCUAAUGGCCACUUGCCUUAGAUGCCUUUAUAAAAGGGGCUUGUAAGGGGUGGAAUUCACAGAGUGUAGCAUUGAUCAAUGGUGGUAGCCAAAUUCAGAGGCACUGUGCUGUUGAAUAUUAGUUGCUCGGGCCAGUUGGGUGUUCUGUUGAUCUCCUACCUUGCAAGAGGAUGCUGGAAGCAAUUGGGAGGCAGCAGAUUAUGGCUGCUGAACUUCAUUUUUGGUUUGAUCCAGCAGGUUGCUUUUAAUCUGCUUGUGGGCUUCCCACAGGAACCUGGUUGGCCACUGUGAGAGCAGGAUACUGGACUUAGAUGGGCCAUUGGGUCUUCUAAUGUUAUGUUCAGUGUUCUUUGUCUCAAUUCUGCCAUAGCUACCCAUGGAAACAUAAGAGUUUGGUGUUUGGGCAAGGGGUGUUGGGCUCCUACGACAUUCUGGAUAUGGAAUGUUGGGUGGGUGCUUGCUACAGACACUUUCAAAAACAGCAAUUCCAAAAUGCUCUUCAUUUAUUUUGCAUCUGUUGAUCUUAUUGAUUCCAGGUAUUACUUCAAGAAGGCAAGCAAAGAGUUUGACUGCGGUGCAGUUUUCGAAGAAAUCUGGGACGACGACACUGUUCUGCCAAUGUACGAAGGAAGAGUCCUUGGGAAAGUGGAGAGGAUUGACUGACAGAUUGACUGGCUGGCAUUGUCUGUGUGAGUGUGUUUUAAGGAGACAAUAAGCUAAAAGACGCUGGCUUUUGGACAAAACCACCGAACAAAGCUUUUGAAGGAAGGUUGGAACCAAUGAAGAAAAAGCAACACAGACAAACUAAGGUCUAUGAAGACUUCGCCAAAUCAGCCUUACAUUAUUAUUUUUUUAAUAAAGGUGUCUGUUGAGCUGGGCACAAGGAUGUUAACAACCCCGAACUAUUUAUUGAAAACAUGACCACUCUGGGUUAUUGAAGAUGCAGACCAUGUUUUGAAAGACUUCCAUAUAUAAUAUAUGGCUUCCUGGGGAUCCCAAACCUUAUGGACUAAGAGAAACUGUGUAUAGCUUACCUUACAGUAAUCCUUAUUGAUAUUUAUUGAACAGUCUGGUUUUUUCCCUUAAGUCCAGUUUAUGGACAUGCUGCUUUAAACAAUGGAGAGAAGAGAAGAUGUGAUAUGGAAAAAGGGGUGGUUUUAUAUUUUAUUAUUUACUUUGUUUCCACUAUCUAAAUCAUUAGAAUUUUGUCUUUUAUUAAAAAGAAAAGAAAAGUGAAUUCAUUUCUGCCACCUUAGAAAACAAGCUGGAAUCAUGUUCUGUCCAGCAUUAUUCCUCCAGCUGUUUUUUUCUUGGAGGAAAAGGGGAGGAAGAGGGAAUAUUGUCGUACACAUUUGCUCUUCUAAAAAUUGGUAGAUUUUGAAUCAAUGCUGCUCUGUUUGUUAGGUCUGGUUCAGAUGUAUAAUACUUGGUUGCCUAUCAGUGGUUAGGAGAUCAGGAUCACCCCAUAGACUGUUACAUUCUUUGUCCUGCUCCCUUUCCCCACGAAUCCUCUUUUGGGUAUAACCACAGUAAAGGUAAAAGGUAAAGGACCCCUCAAUGGUGAAGUCCAGUCAAAGACAACUACGGGGUGUGGCACUCAUCUGCAGACAGCUUUCUGAGUCAUGUGGCCAGCAUGACUAAACCGCUUCUGGCGCAGCGAAACACUGACGGAAGCCAGAGCACACGGAAACGCCACAGUGGUACCUAUUUAUCUACUUGCGCUGGUAUGCUUUCGAACUUCUAGGUUGGGAGAAGCUGGGACAGAGCAACGGGAGCUCACCCCAUCGUGGGGAUUUGAACCGCCGACCUUCCGAUUGGCAUGCCUAAGAGGCUCAGAGGUUUAGACCACAGCGCCACCCACGUAACCACAGUGCAGGGUUAUAUCUGCCCUGAUGGUAAUGCUAGCUGUGAUUAUGUUUAGAAGAGUUUGCUCAAGCCUGCUUCCAGUCAUGGUUGUGAAGUUUGGUUUGAAGCUCACCGUGGCUACUGUUAAUGAUGGUCCAAAGGAAUGCUGCACCUUGGUGAGCUUGGGGAAAAUUCACUGCAGGAGAGGAUGAAGAAUGAAUACACAAGCCCAUAGGUGUUCCUGAUCCCCCUAACCACGGGCAGAUUGAGAAUGUUGGCUCUGCACCAGACCUAGCAGUGUUCUCAUGGGAUAAAUAUAACAGCUACAGGGGGUAAUAACAAUAUAUGGGUCUUAUCAGUCAGCUUCUGUGGUAAGAAUAUACAGUUGUCUGUAUUUUUGUAGCAUUGCAGUAUGCAAUGCAUUGCAUUGCUUCCAGUGUCUUCAGCAAAGCAUCCUAUAGCAAGUCCCCAAGUGCAGAAUUAUGAAGUUAAUGCAGACCCAAAUGGUUCAUAUAGUCCAGUUUUAUGAAAAGCGGUACAUGAAACCAUCCAGUUCACAUAAACACCACUUUAGCCAGAUCACACACACAACUUUGGUCUCCAGAUGUUUUUGGACUACAGUUCCCAUCAUCCCUGACCACAGCUCCUGCUAGGGGUGAUGGGAGUUGUAUUCCAAAAACAGCUGGAGGCCUAAGUUUGGGAAACCCUGAAUAGAAUGUUUUUCAACGAAAUCAGUGAUGCUUUUUUAUUUAUUUAUUUGAAGAAAUGUAGUCACAUUUUCGGUAGUGGUACUUUUCUGUAUGGUAAACUGUAUUUAAUAGGCCAAACCGUCAAAAUGUAUGGUGCCCCAUCCCAUUCCAUUAUAGCAAAUGGAAGCUAGUUCCCUGUUCAAUCCUGCGUAGCUUGCUUCCAACUUUCUAGAUGAUGAAAUUACAGCUCCCCAUAAUAAAAGAUUCCACUGAGCUAUAUAAGGGCAACAGAGUCUCUCGCUUUGGGUGUGUCGUUGUUCAAACUAUCAAAUACAUCCUCUAAUUGGAUUGUGUGUAUUGUGGCAAAAAAAGUUUUUUUUUUAAAGCCCCACCUGCCCACCCUGAAAACACAUUUUAUUUCUAUUGUGUUUUGUUUUUAAUUGGUGCAUUGUAUGCCAACGUUACAUUUCUUUUGUAUAAUACGUCUGUAUAUAGUGUAGGAAAGAAUGUGAUGCGAAAACGCUAUUAAUACACUAUCUCUAGUGUGUGUUUUUAAGAAAAACACUUCAAUCAGUACAGUACCUGUGCCUACAUGGUGUUAAUAUGCCAUGUUACGCCCUGUGUUCAGGGUCCAAACUCUUCCCUUCUUUGUGUAAAGGGGUUUAUGUAUAAUAUAUUUUAUGCCUUUUUACUACAAGUCCUUGUACUUUAUGACUUUUGCCAUGACAUUUGUUCUACUUAUACUGUAAAUUAUGCAUUAUAAAGAGUUUCAUUUAAAGAAAAAAAAUUACUUGGUACAAUAAUUAUUGUAAUUAAGAGAUGUAGCCUUUAUUAAAAUUUUUAUAUUUUUCAAAUU